UCUCUCUGUGUAGUUUUGUUUUUGUCGGGGAAUAUUUCGAGGCUCAUCCCGUUCAUCUUGGAUCUUUCUACACAAACCGUUCUGGAUAAAGGGGGGUUCUCUCGUUAGUCACUCGGGCUUCGUCCCUUCUCUUCCAGGCACUCUUGUGGAAACAAGGUGCCGACCAACAUGUCAACACAAGCACCAACGUUCACACAGCCGCUAAAGAGCGUCGUGGCACUGGAGGGUAGUGCCGCCACGUUCGAGGCUCAGAUCAGUGGUUCUCCAGUUCCUGAGGUGAGCUGGUUCCGUGAUGGCCAGGUUCUUUCCGCCGCAGCUCUACCCGGCGUCCAGAUCUCGUUCAGCGAUGGCCGCGCUGUUCUGAGGAUCCCCGCGGUGACCGCCGCACACAGCGGACGCUUCUCUGUCAGAGCUACCAAUGGCGCCGGGCAAGCAACCAGCACCGCUGAGCUACUGGUUACAGCGGAGACAGCACCUCCCACCUUCCUUCAAAGGCUGCAGACCUCCACCGUGAGGCAGGGCAGCCAGGUGAGACUGAACGUCAGAGUCACAGGGAUCCCCACUCCUGUAGUGAAGUUCUACAGGGAGGGAGCCGAAAUCCAGAGCUCUGCAGACUUCCAGAUCCUGCAGGACGGAGACCUUUACAGUCUGCUGAUCGCCGAGGCCUUCCCAGAGGAUUCUGGGACGUACUCUGCGACAGCCACCAACAGCAGUGGACGGGCCACGUCCACCUGUGAACUGCUGGUCCAAGGUGAAGAACCGGUUCCAGCUAAGAAAACUAAGACAGUGAUUUCAGCCUCUCAGAUUUCCCAGACAAGAAUCACAAGAGUUGAAAAGAAGAUGGAAUUUGAACUGACUCAGACUCUUGGUCACAAGACCCCACCCAGAGUUCCACCCAAACCUUCGUCAAAGUCUCCCACCCAGCCCUCGUUGGUCUCCAAGGUGACCGCAGGGCGCCAACAGUCGCCGUCGCCAGUCAGACACGUGAAGGCGCCAACGCCCUCACCCGUCAGGCCGGUAAAAUCUCCCGUCACCACGAGGAAACAGCCUGCCACCAUCGCUGAGGUCCCCCCGCCAUGGAAGAGGGGAGACGAUGGGAAAGCAGUGUAUCAGACAUUCACAGAGAUUAAAGAGGCAGAGGGAGGGGUAAAAGCUGGGGCGGUGGCCAAGGUGGUGGCCGCCGUCGACCUGGCUCGUAUCCGUCGCCCCGUGCAUGUGGAGGGCGGCCGAGCUGAAGAGUCGGAGGCUGUAGAGGCAGAAAUGAGGCAGCAGGCGGGCGCUGUGACUGCAGAUCAACACUAUCAGAUGGGGUGGAUGUCAACCAGAGCGCAGGCUGGUCAAAUGCUCACUGCUGCUCAGGAGUCCCACCUGCUCAUUCAGAGAGGAACAGAAAUGGUCUCUGGGGUGGACACUGGACUCGCUCCAUCUCCAGUUCCACAGUUCAUGGUUUCUAAAGUUUCUGUCCCCAAACCAGAGUCUGUUGGGGAGGUGUCCAUCGCCGGCUCGGCUAUCGCGUCUCUGCAGAAAGAGUUCUCCUCCUCCUCUUCUAGAAAGAUCAUCAAACCAGUCAAGUCUCCCAGUCCGUCUCUUAAAGCGGUUAAGACCAGCGAGACGCUGGGGUCCAUCCCACCUCCGUUCAAAGACUCCACUGAGAAAUCCCUCUCCGGCAGCCUCAUACAGACGGGGGUGGCAUACAUGUUGGGCAUGGAGAGGGAGUAUGAGGACUGGAGAGCCAAGGUGCAAGAGGCAGCAGCUGUACCUGCAGGUGACGCUGUCGUCCCGCCCACGCUGGUCUCUGGCUUGAAGAACACGAACGUGACAGAGGGCGAGUCGGUGACCCUGGAAUGCCAGAUCAGCGGUCAGCCCGCCCCCGUCAUCAUGUGGUUCAGGGAGGACUACAAGAUUGAGAGCUCCAUUGACUUCCAGAUCAGCUACACCGGCGGAUUGGCUCGGCUGGUGAUCCGUGAAGCCUUUGCAGAAGACAGCGGGCGCUUCACGUGCACCGCCACCAACGAGGCUGGAACCGUCAGCACCUCCUGCUACCUGCUGGUCCAGGUGUCUGAGGACAUCGAGAGCAGGCAGGAGACGGUUUCCGUUGACAUUUCCCAGACACAAGUCACAGAAGAAGUUAAAGAAGAGACCAUGAUGGAGGCAGAGCCAGACGCUCCUGCUGCUGCUCCCUUCUUCAUUAAGACACCAGGUGUUCAAAAGCUGGUGGAAGGAGGAAGCAUCGUGUUUAUUUGUCAGGUGGGCGGAAACCCCAAACCUCAAAUCGUGUGGAAGAAGAAUGGCGUGCCGCUCACCACCGGAUACAGGUACAAAGUUGCAUACAAGAAGGAGACCGGGGAGUGCAGGCUGGAGAUCUCCAUGACCUUUGCAGACGAUGCUGGAGAGUAUUCAGUGUUUGCUAAGAAUCAGCUUGGAGAAGUCUCGGCCUCCACCAGCCUCCUGGAGGAAGAGGAAUAUGAAGCCUACAUGAAGACCCAGGAAGUGGCCGCUCCGGUGCCGGAGCCCAAACCUGGAGACAUUCCCUCUAUCACAGUGGACACAAUGACCACUGUUAUCUCUGGACAGGUAGAAGCCACACCUUUCAGCAGCUAGGAUAAACGUUAGCUACAGCUAAAUCGCACUCAAGCUAAAGUUAUCCUAUAUUUUCUGAUAAUCUUGCAGGAAUUCCAUUUGUCAGCCAUGGAGCUGAGAAUAAUUCAGGAGAUCGAGCUCACCAUCAUGAAGAUCACCUAUAGAGAGAUUGUAACCGAGGACGGGGAGCUGAUGGUGACCGCUGCUGCCACUGAGGCGGCACAGCCAGCCUUCGACACGCCCGUCAAAAACUACAGAAUCAUGGAGGGAAUGAGCGUCACCUUCCACUGCAAGAUGUCUGGAAUGCCGCUCCCCAAGAUUGCCUGGUUUAAAAACGGCCAGCGCAUCAGACCUGGGGAUCACUACCAGAUGGAGGUUCUCCAGGAUGGGCGAGCUAGCCUGCGCCUGUCGAUGGUGCGACCAGAAGACGAAGGCGUGUAUACUGCCUUCGCCACCAACAUGAAAGGAAACGCUGUCUGCUCAGGGAAACUUUAUGUGGAGUCAUCCGCGGCUGCUCCUCAGAGAUACACGCCGCAGCCUGCAGUACAGAGAAUCAGAUCCACAUCUCCUCGCUCUCUGAGCCGCUCUCCUGGGCGUUCGCCCAGCCGUUCACCCGGACGCUCUCCUGCUCGUCGACUCGAUGAGACCGACGAGGCACAGCUGGAAAGACUUUACAAACCAGUAUUUGUCAUGAAACCUUCUGCUUGUAAAUGUUCAGAGGGUCAAACUGCCAGAUUCGACCUCAAAGUUGUUGGGCGACCUAUGCCCGACACCUACUGGUUCCACAAUGGACAACAGAUCAUCAGUGACCACACCCAUAAGAUCGUGGUUAAAGAGGAUGGGACUCUGUCGCUGAUCAUUGUCCCGGCCAUGCCUCACGACUCUGGAGAAUGGACAGUGGUGGCUCAGAACAGAGCCGGGCGCUCAUCGAUCUCUGUCAAUCUCACUGUGGAUGCUAAGGAAACCCUGGAGCGUCCACAGUUUACAGAGAAACUGAGGAACAUCAGUGUGAAGGAAGGAACUCUGGUUGAACUGGCUGUUAAAGCCAUUGGAAACCCACUGCCUGACAUUGUCUGGCUGAAAAACAGUGACAUCAUCACCCCACACAAGCAUCCAAACGUUAAGAUUGAAGGAACCAAAGGAGAAGCCAAAUUCCAGAUCCCAUCAGCUGCCGGGUCAGACAGUGCCUGGUACACUGCCACAGCCAUCAACAAGGCUGGAAGAGACACCACCCGCUGCAGAGUCAAUGUGGAGGUGGAAUACGUGGAGCCUGAGCCAGAGAGGAAGCUCAUAAUUCCCAAAGGGACCUACAAAGCCAAAGAGAUCACACCUCCAGAGCUGGAGCCUCUUCACCUGCGGUAUGGUCAAGAGCAGUGGGAGGAAGGCGACCUCUACGACAAGGAGAAGCAACAGAAACCGGCAUUCAAGAAGAAGCUCACAUCAGUCCGCAUGAAGCGUUUUGGUCCGGCGCAUUUUGAGUGCAGGCUCACUCCUAUCGGAGACCCCAACAUGGUGGUGGAGUGGCUGCAUGACGGGAAGCCUCUGGCUGCUGCUAACAGGCUGCGGAUGGUCAACGAGUUUGGCUACUGCAGCCUGGACUACGAGGUCGCUUACGCCAGAGACAGCGGCGUGAUCACCUGUAGAGCCACCAACAAGUUUGGAGUCGACCAGACCUCGGCUACCCUGAUUGUCAAGGACGAGAAGGGCCUCGUGGAGGAAUCCCAGCUCCCUGAGGGCAGGAGGGGAAUUCAGCGCAUGGAUGAAAUGGAAAGGCAAGCUCAUGAAGGUGGCCCUUAUGGAGUAACUGCUGAGGAGGAAACAGAGAAAAUGAAACCAGAGAUCGUCCUUCUCCCUGAACCUGUAAGGGUCAUGGAGGGCGACAUAGCCCGAUUCCGCUGCCGAGUCACUGGAUAUCCAGCUCCGAAGGUCAACUGGUACCUCAAUGGACAACUCAUCCGCAAAAGCAAAAGAUACCGUCUUCGUUAUGACGGUAUCUACUACCUGGAGAUCACAGAAAUCAAAUCCUAUGAUUCAGGAGAGGUGAAGGUUAUAGCGGAUAACAACCUGGGUUCAGCUGAACACACUGUGAAGCUGGAGAUCCAGCAGAAGGAGGACUUCAGAACCCAUCUGCGCCACGCUGCUGAGGCUAAAGCGGGUGAAGCUCCGUCCGAGGCAGGACGAGUCUCAUUUGAGGUGGUGAAGACCGAGCUAUCAUCCGAGGACUCCCAACAAAAGGAGGUGGUUAAGCUUAAGAAGGCCCACAGAAUUGUCCAUGAAAAAGCUGUGGAGGAGUCUGAGGAGCUGAGGAGCAAAUUCAAGCGUAGGACAGAGGAAGGCUACUAUGAGUCCAUCACCGCUGUGGAGCUCAAGUCUCGCAAGAGAGAUGAUUCUUAUGAAGAUCUGCUAAGAAAGACGAAAGAGGAGCUACUACACCACGCAAAACAGAAGGAGGAGGCUGAGAGGAGGAAGGAGGAAGAGCGGCUGAAAGUUACAGCUAAACCUCUGAAACCAGAAAGGAUCAAACUCUCGGCCAGCAUGGAGGCUCCGAAGAUCCUGGAGCGGAUCAGCAGCCAGACCGUCGCUCUGGGAGAUGAAGUGAAAUUCAGAGUCAGAGUGGUGGGUAGACCAGACCCGGAGUGCCAGUGGUUCAAGAACGGCGUCCAGCUGGAGAAGUCCGAACGGAUCUACUGGUUCUGGCCUGAAGACCAUGUGUGUGAACUGGUAAUCAGGAAUGUCACUGCCGAGGACUCGGCUAGCAUCAUGGUUAAAGCAAGCAGCACUGCUGGAGAGACAUCAAGCCACGCUUUCCUGCUGGUUCAAGCCAAACAAGUCAUCACUUUUACCCAGAAGCUGGAGGAGAUCAAUGCCAAGGAGAAGGACACUAUGGCCACCUUUGAGUGUGAGACCAAUGAGCCAUUCGUUAAGGUCAAAUGGCUCAAGAACAACAUGGAGAUCUUCUCAGGAGACAAAUACAGGAUGCACUCUGACAGAAAGGUCCACUUCCUGUCUGUGCUGAUGCUCGAGGUGAAGGACAAUGCAGAAUACUCCUGCGUGGUUAUAGAUGACGAGAGCGUCCGAACCAGCGCCAACCUUAACGUUGAAGGAGCCCCUCUGGAGAUGGUGAAGCAGCUGGAGGACGCUGAGGUGCCAGAAACAUACUCUGGAGAGUUUGAAUGCGUUGUGACGCGUGAAGACGCUGAAGGCAGCUGGUUCUUUGAAGGCAAGCUGCUCUCUCCCAGUAGUAAAUACGUCAUGAUGUCUCGUCGUGGAAGACACAGUCUGUCUGUGAGAGACGUCAAGAAGGAAGACCAGGGCAAAUACACCUUCAAAGUGGGAGAAUUCACCACAUCCGCCUCGCUGAAGAUGAAGCUGCGUCCAGUGACCCUGGUUCAGCCUCUGACGGACCUAACUGUUUGUGAAGGUGACAUCGCUCAGCUUGAGGUUAAGUUCUCGCAGGAAAACGUUGAAGGCAGCUGGAAAAAGAACGGACAGCCGGUCACGGCGUCUGACCGUGUGCACAUUGUGAUCGACAAACUAGUCUACAAACUCCUGAUUGAAGACGCCACCAAGGACGACUUUGGAUCAUAUUCUUUCGAGGUUCCUGACCACGAUAUUAAAACCUCUGCAAAGCUGAAUGUUCGGAGCAUCGGCAUCCUCGUUCCUUUGAAGGACAUCUCUGCCAUUGAAGGCACCAAGGCUGUCCUAGAGGCCAAGAUCUCUGCUCAGGACAUUAGCUCGGUCAAAUGGUACCACGAUGACAAACUGUUGGUUCCCAGCGACCGAGUCAGUGUGGUGGCAAAGGGAGCCAAGCAGCGUCUGGUUUUCAGCAGGACCUACGCGUCUGACGAGGGCCGCUACAAAAUGGUUGUUGGCAGAGUGGACACCAGCUGCAAGUUCUCUGUAGAGCCUGUGCAGAUCCUGAAGCCGAUGAACGACACGGAGUGCUCCGAGUCUGAGAAUGUCACCUUCGAAGUCGAGGUUUCCCACCCCGGUAUCGACCCUUAUUGGACCUUCAAGGACCAGCCGCUGAAAGCCAGCGCCAAGCACAAGAUGGAGACCAAGAAUAAGCACCACACCCUGACAGUCAUCAACGCCAUGAAGGAUGAGGAAGGCGAGUACAUGUUCGCUGCGGGUGAGAAGACGUGCAGAGCUUUGCUCACCGUGACAGGCGGCGCUAUCAAGAAGCCUUUGCGCGACCUGGUAGUAGCGGACUCCCAGACUGCAGUGCUGGAGUGUCAAGUAGCAAACCCAUCUGCAGAGGGAAAGUGGCUGAAGGACGGACAGCCCGUGGACUUUAGCGACAACGUGCUGAGCGAGGUGGACGGCGCCGUCAGACGUCUGGUUAUUGUUAUCACGAAAGCCACCGACAUUGGAGAGUACACGUACCAGGUGGCCACCUCCAAGACCACGGCCAAUCUAAAGGUCGAAGCUGUAAAGAUCAAGAAGACGCUGAAGAACCUGAACGUCGUUGAGACUCAGGAGGCCGUGUUUAGCCUGGAACUGACCCAUGAGAACGUCAGGGGGGUGCAGUGGAUCAAGAACGGUGUUGAGAUCCAGCCCAGUGAGAAGUUUGAGAUCAGCAUGGAGGGCAUGGUUCACACCUUAAAGAUCAACAACUGCUCCACCCACGACGAGUCUGUUUACUCCUUCAAACUGGGAAAGCUGUCUGCAAGCGCCAGACUUAACGUUGAAACCAUUAAGAUUCUUAAGAAGCCAAAGGAUGUGACAUCACUGCUGGGAGCAACAGCUACAUUUGAGGUGGGAAUCUCUGAAGACAACAUCCCAGUGAAAUGGAUGUUCAAGAACGCGGAGCUGAAGCCAAACGAGCACUACACCCUGCUGUCUGAGAAAAGGAGUCAUAAACUCAUCAUCCAGGACGUCGACAGCAGCAAGGAGGGAGAGUACACCGUGCUGGUCGGCCAUCUGCAGUGCAGCGCUCACCUGACUGUGGAAUCUCUGCGGGUAACCAAACCCAUAAAGAACGUGGAGGUCCCAGAGACCCAGGUGGCCACAUUUGAGUGCGAAGUAUCCCACUUCAACGUGCCUUCCACCUGGCUGAAGGACGGUGUGGAGAUCGAAAUGAGCGAGAAGUUCCGCAUCGUGGUUCAGGGGAGACUCCACCAGCUGAAGAUCAUGAACACCAGCAGGGAAGACUCCGCGGAGUACACCUUCGUCUGCGGGAACGACCGUGUGUCUGCGACACUCACCGUCAACCCGAUUCUGAUCACAACGAUGUUGGAGGACCUGAACGCUCAGGAGAAAGACACUGUCACAUUUGAGGUGAACAUCAACUACGAGGGAAUCACCUACAAGUGGCUGAAAAACGGCGUGGAGAUCAAAUCCACGGACAGGUGCCAGGCUCGCUGCAAGCAGCUCACUCACACUCUGAGCAUCAGGAACGUCCACUUUGGAGACAGCGCCGAUUACACCUUCAUGGCGGGCUCUGCUGCCACUACAGCUAAGCUCUACGUGGAGGCUCGCGUUAUCGAAUUCACUAAACACCUAAAAGACCUGAAGAUCACAGAGAAGAAGCGGGCCACCUUUGAGUGUGAGGUUUCUGAGCCCAACGUGCAGGUGAUGUGGAUGAAGGACGGACAGGAGCUGGAGAUGUCCGACAGGUUCAAAAUGUCCUCAGACAACUUCCUCCACCGGCUGGUUCUGCCGUCAGUCCGCUUGUCCGAUGCUGGCGAGUACACGGCUGUCGCUGGCUCCAGCAUGUCUGUGGGACACCUGGCAGUCGAAGGACGAGAUGUGAAAAUCUCAGAGCCUGAAAGCAGAGAUGUCACGGUGGUGGAGAAGCAAAGGGCGACCUUUGAGUUUGAGGUGAAUGAGGACGAAGUGGAGGGACACUGGUUGAGGAACGGAGCGGAAAUCCAUUUCUCUGAGGAAGAGCGCUUCAACUACGCCGCCAUCAGGAGGCUGCACCGCCUCACCAUCUCUGAGACCUUUAGGAGUGACGCUGGAGAAUACACCUUCGUCGCCGGCAAGAACCGCAGCAGCAUGAACCUCCACGUUAGACUGCCAGAGCCGCCACAGAUCGUGCGCCACAUGCAGCCCCAGACAGUGAUGUCGGGUCGGAUGGUGCGUUUCUCGGCUCAUGUCAGCGGCCUCCCUGCGCCUCAGAUGCUCUGGUACAAAGACUCCCAGCUGCUGACCAGCAGCUACAAAUGCAAGUUCCUCCAUGACGGAGACGAGCACACGCUGCUCCUGCUAGAGGUCUUCCCUGAGGACGCCGCCGUCUACAGCUGUGAGGCCAAGAAUGACUUUGGAGCAGCCACAAGCUCCGCCCCCCUGACCGUAGAAGUUCCUGAGGUGGUUGAGACCGCCGCUCCGAUCUCCCCUCCGGUUCUGAUCAGCCCCAUGCGGGAUGUUCUGGUCCCACAGGGAAGCCCCGCUCAGCUGAAGUGUACCAUCUCAGGGGAAGAUCUGCAGGUUUCUUGGUUCCGUAAAGACAAGGAGAUCCAACAGUCCGACAUCUUCAGGAUGUCUCAUAUGGAUGAAACCUGCCUGCUGGAGAUUUCCAGAGUCCUCCCCUCUCAUGAGGGAGAGUAUUCCUGCAUUGCCACUAACUCAGCAGGGAUGGUCACAUGUUCUGCCACUCUGAACCUGGAUGAUGGUAAAGCCUUAGCUAGUGUGUCUGAGACUAAAGUGACUCAGAGACGGGAAGCUCAGACGGAGAGCUUCAGCUCUCUGUCGGCGGGUCAAACCGCCCACACUGUUGAGUUUUCUGAGCUCGUCUCUGAAGCGUCCUCCGUGUCGUGGAGGACGGUGGAGGUUCAGAUGGAGAGCGUGACCUCAGUGGAGACGAGCUCUCACAGCAGCGUUGCUUUCAGCCUCUCAGCCAGCCCCCAGCUGCUGACGGAAAUGAGCGACAUCAGAGUGAGAAGCGGCGAGGUGGCCGAGUUCAGCUGCUCUUUCGACGGGCAGCCUUUCACCUCAGUGGUGUGGGAUCAUAACGGUCAGAACUUGGUGGACACGGAGCGGGUAAGGCGCUCUGAGGGCGGGGGCCUGUUGUCCCUGCUCAUCCAGAGCGUGGACACGGACGAUCAGGGAACCUACCGCUGCACAGCCACCAACCCGCACGGUCAGAACAGUUCCUCUGCCAGGCUUACUGUUGAAGCUAAAGAAGCGAACCUCAAAGCAGAGACCCCCAUCCCUACCGGUUCUGUCCGUAAAGCGUCUCAAGCAGACAGAGAGAGUUCUAGAGAUCUCUCUGAGCAGGAGAAGCAGGAGUCAAAGAAGAAGCUUCGAUCUUUGCCUGAAUCUUCCCAAAGACCUUUCCAGUUAUAUUUCCCGGACGUGAUGCCUCAUGACGAGCGGAGUCGCCGGCUCUUUGACCGCCCGGAGCUCCUGAUAAAACUCCCCCCUGAACUGCUGCUCAGAAGCAAAGACAGGAAGUCUCCGCUCUGCAUCAUGAAGGGGCUUCCUGCUUCAUUUGUCAUUUGGCUUUACAGCCGUUUGAAUGUGAAGGACUCUGUUUGGUACUCUCUGAAACAGGACAGCGCUCUGUGCUGUGUAGAUGCUAAUAAUGAGGGAGCCGGACGGGGGGGCUCUUACUGUUUGAAAACUCUGAGCUCAGCUGGAGAUGCUGAGUGCAGCACAGGGAUGAAAGUGACGGAGGCGGAGAAGGAGCCACAGGUUAAGGAAGACGUAAAAGUGAAACCCGUGUUCAAGCACAGAGUCGUACCACUGGAGGUCAACGUGGGCAACAAUGCCAGAUUUGAAUGUGACACAGAGGAUGCUCCGAAUGUGAACUUCAAGUGGUUUAAAGAUGGACACCCACUGAAAGAGGGUGAUAAGUACCGGAUAAUCAGCCGCUUCACCUCCUCCUCACUGGAGGUUCUGAGCGCAGCCAAGGAGGACAGUGGAGAGUACAGCUGCAAAGCAUCCAAUCACCAUGGCGGUGAUGAAUGCUCCGCCCUUCUCAGUGUGACAGAGAAAUUUCCUCCAUUUUUUCAAAAUAAGCCUGAAAACCAAACAGUGUUUGUUGGAAAGAAGGCACUGAUACAGUGUGUUAUAGCGGGAUCCGCUCCUCUGAAUGUUGAGUGGUUUAAAGACCACCAGGCUGUGUCCUCAGUGCCUGAACACUACCGUACCUCUUGUGAAAAGAAUAAGCACACUCUUGAGAUUGCCAUGCUUGAAGCGGCAGACGGAGGGCUGUAUGUGUGCAGGGCAUCUAAUGAUGCCGGAGUGGCUGAGUGCAGCACAGAGCUGCUGGUUGUCGAUAAGCCCAGCUUUGUAAAGCCACUGGGUCCAGUCGCAGCAGUGGUUGGAGCUCCUCUUCACCUGGAGUGUCAGGUGGACGAGGACACAGGCGUGACUGUCACCUGGACCAGAGAUGGUAGAAAAGUCCACCAGUCUCCAGACUGUAAACUGUCUUUUGAGAACAAGACGGUAAAUCUUGACAUCCUAAAAACCACAUUGAAAGAUUGUGGAAAUUAUGUGUGUACGGUGGCAAAUGAAGCUGGAAGUAGCUCUUGCUCCACCUCUGUGAAAGUACAAGAGCCCCCAGUCUUUGUAAAGAGGCUGGAGGCCACCACAGUCUGGAAGCAGGGCAGCACGGCUCGGCUCCAGUGCUCUGUCAAAGGAUCCCCUGAGCUCCACACCACCUGGUUCUUCAAUAACAGCGAGCUGCCGGUCGGCGGCAGGUAUGCCACCAGUUUUAAGGAUGGCGUUUCUGCCGUUGAGAUAAGCAAUGUUGCGUCGAGCGACAGCGGAAACUACAGCUGUGAGGUUCUGAACGAGUCAGGCUGUGAGAGCUGUAGCACCAAAGUGACUGUUAAAGAACCGCCGUCAUUCCUUAAGGAUGUGCCCUACUUAGAGGCAGUCAGGGGAUCUGUAGCGGCGUUGGAGUGUGAGAUUGCAGGCUCUGCACCUUUUGAAGUGACCUGGAAAAAGAACAAGAAACGUUUGUCCUCAGAUAAAAAGUACAGAGUAGUGUCACAGGAGUCUCUGACCUCUUUGGAGAUCCAUGCAUUCGAGUCGGCCGACAUCGGUGAAUAUGAAUGCGUUGUUUCUAACGCGGUUGGCUCGGUGACCUCUAAAUCAGUGGUUAAACAGAAAGAGCCUCCUAUCUUCUCAAAGAGGAUUGAGAGUUCUACGGUGGUGCUGGGAAAUGUGGCAAAGCUCCAAGGAGUAGUGAAAGGCUCAGCUCCUAUCUCCAUCAAAUGGAUGAAAGACUCAAAGUCACUAAUAGAUGACGAUUCCAGCGUCACCACAACAUUCGAGAACAAUAUUCCCAGCAUUUCCUUUGCCUCUGUGGAUAUAAAGCACGGCGGCAAGUAUACCUGCAUCGCAGAGAAUGAGGCGGGUCAGCAGAAGUGUGAGGCUAUACUCACCAUCCAAGAACCAGCAAAGAUCGUAGAGAAAGCGGCAUCCAUCAGUGUUACGGCCGGAGACUCGGCCACGCUCCAGUGCAGCAUCUCCGGAAGCCCGGAGCUUAAAGUCCGAUGGUUCAAAGACGGAAAGGAGAUAAUAAGUGGUCGUAAAUAUAAGACAACGGUGAAGGAGAGCACCGCCGCUCUAAAGAUCCUUUCAGCAGACAAAGGAGACACCUCAGAGUACAAGGUGGAGGUUUCCAAUAAAGUCGGCAGAGACGAGUGCAUGUGCUCGGUCACCGUUAUAGAUCGUGCCGUUCCACCAUCUUUUACAAAAACUCUAAAGAACUUAGAUGGAAGUAUUGGUAGUAACAUAACGUUGGAAUGCAGAGUUGCUGGAUCGCAGCCCAUGACUGUUUCUUGGCUCAAAGACGACAAAAAAAUUCACAGCAACGAUAAAUACAAGCUUGAUUUCAGCGAUGGCGCCGCCACGUUGGCGAUAAUGCAUUCAGAGCAGAGUGACAGAGGAGUUUAUACAUGCCGCGCCUCAAACGAGGCCGGAGAUACAGAAACCAGCGGAACGCUGGCAAUCAAAGAACCUCCAGCCUUCACAGUAAAACCAGAGUCCCGAGAUGUUGCACCAGGAAGCAAUGUUGUCAUGAGAGCAGAAUUCACUGGGUCUGCUCCACUUGUGGUUAAAUGGUUCAAAGAGGAGAAAGAGAUCUUCUCCGCUGGGAAAUGUAUCAUUAAGAAGGAUAACUCCUCCAGUUCCUUGGAGCUUCAUUCUAUAAAAGCCAGUGAAUCGGCUAAGUACACCUGCCAGGUGUCUAACGAUGCGGGCAAAGUGGACUGCAGCGCCAUCCUCUUCGUCAAAGAGGCUCCCACGUUCACGAUGAAGCUUGAGCCUUCUCGGCUCCUAAAAGCCGGACAGCCUCUCAGACUGUCUUGCAAAGUCUCAGGAACUCCUGUGAUCUCUAUCACAUGGAUGAAAAAUGGCUCAGAAAUCAUUUCUGGCCAAAGAUACUCUGUGUCUUUUGAGAGCUCGGUAGCCUCUCUGGAGGUGGAGUCCUGCAGUGUGGAAGAUAGCGGAGAGUAUAUGUGUGUCGCUUCUAGCGACGCCGGCAGAGAGCAGUGCAGCUGCUCGGUAAAUGUCAAAGAGCCUCCAGAGUUUGUAAAGCCUUUUGAAUCGGCUGAGUUUGUGAAGGGAUCUGAUAUUAUUCUGAAAGGAACCGUCUCAGGUUCCCCUCCAUUUGAAAUAAGCUGCUUCCUGAACGAUAAGCUGAUAAGAGGCAAUAAUAAGCAUCAGAUCCAUGUUGAAAGAGACACAGUGACUCUUCAGAUAUCUGACUGUGACAGCAGGGAUGAUGGGACUUACCGCUGCACGGUUGCAAAUGAUGUUGGGGAGACAUCUUGUUCUUGCCAGGUUUCUUUGAAAGAGCCUCCUCAGUUUACGCUGAAACUUCCUCCCACCACCUUUGUGAAGCACGGUGAGGGAAUCAUCUUGGAGUGCACGACCAACAGUGCACGCUCUUUAAAAAUGUGCUGGUAUAAAAAUGACCAGAAGAUAAGCGACGGUGGAAACUAUAGAGCCACGCUCUUGGAGUCGGCUGCAUCCCUGCAGCUCAGCUCUGCGAGCUUUGAGGAUGAUGGGGUCUACACCUGUGAGGUUCACAAUGAUGCGGGCAGUGCGAGCUGCAGCACCACUCUUACCGUCCAAGAGUCCCCAUCUUUUCUUAAAACUCCACUCCCAGUGGAAGGCAUUCAAGGCAAAGAUACCAGUCUUCACUGUGAGAUGGAAGGAACUCAACCUUUCAAAGUUAUGUGGUUCAAAGACAGAAGAGCCCUAAAAGAGAGUAGGAAGUAUAAGAUGGUUAUUUUGGGCAACUCGGCUGCUCUCCAUGUCAUGAAACUGGAGCAGAAUGAUGUUGGCCUCUAUGAGUGCCAGGUCUCCAACAGUGUAGGCAGUGAGAUCUGCCAGACUUCCAUCACACUGAAGGAACCACCAACCUUUGUCAACCACCUGCUGGACCAGUCUGUAAGACUCGGCCAGCAGCUGACGCUGACAGCUGCGGUAAAAGGCUCAGAGCCUCUGAUCGUGUCUUGGAUCCGGGACAAAGAUCACGUCCUCAGAGACAGUGAUAACAGGAAGAUCAGCUUUGAGAACAACCAGGCCACUCUGGUGGUUUCCAAGGCUGACUCGGCGACGGCGGGCAGAUACACCUGCCACCUGAGGAACGACGCGGGAGUGGUGGAGUCAGUCUCCCAGGUUACAGUUUUAGAACCUGCUGCCAUCGUAGAGAGCCCAGAAUCCAUGAGCGUCACCGCAGGAGAAAACGCUUCCAUCGAAGUUACAGUGUCUGGUUCACCAGAACUGAAAACCAAAUGGUUGAAGGACAACCAAGCCCUGAAUUCUGGUGCAAAAUAUCAGAUGUCCUUUGCCAAGAAGGUUGCUAUUCUGAAGAUCCGUUCUGCUGACAAAGCAGAUGCUGGAGAAUAUAAACUAGAGCUUACUAAUCAUAUUGGUGCUGACUCUUGUGUAACCAAGCUCUCAGUCUCAGAUAAGUUGAUUCCUCCGAGUUUCAUAAAGAAGCUGAAGGACGCCCACAUUGUUGUGGGUAAGCCUGCUGAGCUGGAGUGCAAAGCUACUGGAUCUUCUCCUUUAACCAUUUCCUGGUUCCAUAAUGGCCAGGAGAUCCAAAGCGGUCCCUAUUAUGACAUCAGCUCCACGGAUCAUAAUUGCAGGCUGCUGGUUUUAACUGUCAGUCAGUCUGAUUCUGGGAAAUACUCCUGUAAAGCAGCCAAUGCUGCAGGAGCCUGUGAGACCAGCGCCUCGGCUGAUGUGACAGAACCUCCCUCAUUUGUGGAGACCUCCGAAGCCGAAGAAACCGUGCCUGGGAAAAACGUAACGAUCUCAGCGAGAGUGACAGGCAGCUUGCCGCUGCAGGUCAAAUGGUUCAGGGGAGCCAAAGAAAUGCAGCACGGAAGAGGCUGUGAGAUCUUAAUGAAGGCAGAUGUGGCCUCUCUGGUUCUCCACAGAGUCGAUAAGACUCAUGCAGGAGAGUACACCUGCCAAGUGUCUAACAAUGCGGGGAAGGAAAGCCGUUCCCUUCAUCUCUUUGUUAAAGAACCGGUCCACUUCGUCAAAAAGCUGAGGGAUAUUUCCUCUGAGAAGGGAAAGCCUCUGAAGCUUGAGGUGACGUUCUCCGGAACGCCCACCGUAGACGUGACCUGGAAGAAGGAUGGGAGCGCCGUCGUGAGCGCAGAGGAUUACAACAUCAUCACCACAGACACCUCCUCUGUCCUCGAGGUUCUUAACUCCCACAGAAUGGCGGCAGCAGGGAAAUACUCUUGUGAAGUAGACAAUGGAGUAGGAAGCGACAGGUGUCAAGCGCUGAUUUCGAUUCUAGAGCGACCGUGCUUUGUCGAUCCGCUGGAGCCGGUGGACGUGACUGUGGGUGACGCAGUCACCCUGAAAUGCAGCAUUACCGGAACUCCUGAUAUCUCAGUAGCUUGGUUCAAGGCAGGUGAAAAGCUGCGAAAGUCGCCCACUUGCUCCAUGGAUUUCUCAGACGGCAUUGCCACUUUGAAACUGUUGAAGGCAGCUAAGUCUGACGAAGGCGAAUACAGCUGCCAGGCUGAGAACCGUGCCGGAUCCGCGUCCGCCAGCUGCACCGUGACAGUCAGAGAGCCUGUGCGCUUUAUCAAGAAGUUGGAAAACACAGCUAUUGUGGUCGGUCAGCCUCUGAAACUAGUCUGCACAUACACCGGGAGCCAGACGGUGUUUGUGGCAUGGAGAAAGGACGAUGAGCCGAUCAUGUCCUCUGACCAGUACGAUGUGAAAACCACAGACUCUUCCUGCAUCCUGGUGGUCCUGAACACUAGCAGGCCUGAUGCAGCAGGAAAUUACACCUGUGAGAUUUCUAAUGCCGUAGGAAAGGAUGUUUGCCACGCUCUUGUCAGCCCGGAACCGCCUCGCUUUGUCAACAAGCUUGAAGACGCAUAUAUCAGACUCCAGGAGUCUUUGACCCUGAAGUGUACCUACACUGGGGGCCCAAGAAUAACUGUGGCCUGGAAAAAAGACGGGGAAGUAAUCCGACCCUCAGAUCAGUACGACAUGAAGACCACAGGCGAUACCUGCAUCCUGGAAGUCCUCUGCAGGGACCGAAAACAAGCUGCAGGAACAUACAGCUGUGAAAUUUCUAACUCUGCAGGAAGUGACAUUAGCCAAGCUAAUGUAAAACUAGAGCGUAAAGUCCCUCCUAACUUCACCAAGAGGCCAUCUGAGUCCAUGGUUGAUUCAGAGGGAAAGGUCAUAAAGAUGGAGGGCCGGGUGUCUGGCUCUCAGCCUCUGGCCAUCGUCUGGUACAAGGCCGACCAGGAGAUCCAUCCCUCUGAGAAAUACGACAUCAGCUUCAAGAACAACAUGGCCGUGCUGUGUAUCAGAGACUCCGCUGUCUCUGAUGGUGGCGUCUACACCUGUGAGGCCUCCAAUGAAGCAGGCAAAGCUUCAUGUCAGGUGUCCCUCACAGUGUCAGAAACUGGCCAGCCCCCUAAAUUUGACGUCCCUCUGGAGCCAGUUGUGGUGAACGAGGGGGAGAAGCUGAGCCUAAAAUGUCACGUUAGAGGCUCUUCUCCACUCACCGUCCAGUGGAUGAAGGACAGGAGGGAGAUAAAGGCCAGCGAUUCAACCAAGAUCAGCUUUGUUGGCGGAACAGCCUGCUUAGAGAUCAGCUCUGCAUUGAAGGCCGAUGCAGGGGAUUACCUCUGCAAGGCCAGCAAUGCCACCGGUAGUGACUUCUGCAAGUCCAAGGUCACUGUGAAGGACAAAGGAACCAAAGCUGCCCCCACCGAGGCACCAGCACCUGCUCCAGCUGCUCCGGUCAAGAGGCUUGACAGCCUCUUCUUCAUCGAAGAACCCAAAAACAUUUCAGUCACAGAGAAGGGAACCGCUACGUUUAUCGCAAAGAUCGGUGGGGAUCCUAUCCCCAGCGUGAAGUGGAUGAAGGGGAAGUGGAGACAAAUCACCCCUGGGGGUCGUAUCUCCGUUGAACACAAGGGCCAGGAUGCCAAACUGGAGAUCAGGGAGGUGACCAAGUCAGACUCUGGCCUCUAUAGGUGCGUGGCCACUAACAAACACGGAGAGAUUGAGUGCGGCGCCGAAAUGGAGGUCACCAAAAAGGAAGAAGGGGAAGGACUUGGAGAUAUCAGAACAAGACUGAAGAAGACUCCUUCCAAGCAAAAAAGCCCAAAGAAGCUGGAGAACCUCAGCAUCGUUGACCUGCUCAGAGGUCAUGACCCUAAAGACUAUGAGAGGAUCCUGCGGGAGCAUGAAAUCUAUGACUACAGAGCCAUCCUGCAGGCGGUGGAGAUCCUGAAGAGGGAGAAGGAGAUGGAGACUGGAAAGGCGGAGGUGGAGCAUGGCGGUCAGGUUGAGGAGGAGGACAUGGCCAUCCUCAUCCAGCAGCUGGAGGGACGUGUCGACACGCAGCCGGUCUCUGUGAUGGAAGAUAUCUCUGACCAGACUAUCACGGAGAACCAAUCGGCGACAUUUGAGUGCCAGAUUCAGAUCAACUACCCGGAGAUCUCUCUGACGUGGUACAAGGGCACGCAGAAACUGGAAAACAGCGACAAAUACGAGAUCAGCAGCGAGGGCAACCGCCACCGUCUAAUGAUCAAGAACUGCCAGGUCAAAGAUCAGGGCAACUACCGCGUGGUGUGCGGUCCGCACAUCUCCAACGCCAAACUCACCGUAUCGGCCGACCAAAUUCAGUUUACAAAAUGCAUCCGAAACAUAGAGGUCAGCGAGCGCCACUCUGCCACCUUCGAGUGCGAGUUGUCCUUCGACAAUGCCACAGUCAUAUGGUACAAAGACUCAUGGGAGCUCAGAGAAAGCCCCAAAUAUAGCUUCCGGAGCGAGGGCCGGCGGCACUUUAUGACGAUCCGGAACGUGAUGGCAGAGGAUGAAGGCGUUUACUCCGUUAUUGCUCGCCUGGAGCCCAUGGGAGAAGCUCGAAGCACCGCCGAGCUCUACCUCUCAGGCAAAGAUGUUGGGUUAGGAAAGGUUCCUCAGGACAUCCCAGACUGUUCUGUUCAGCUCCCAGACACAGCUUACAUGGUCAUUAGCGCAGAAUCCUCCGAGUUUUAUCGGUACCAGGAACAAAGUGAUGCCAAAGAAUUUAAGAGUGUGACGGUUGAAGAAGAAGCGCUUCUGGUUCAGUUCUCCUCCGUCUCAGAAGAGAAAAAAGCUGUGGAAGAAAUUGUAGAGCGGACUCAAGUCAGAGAGGAGAUCCCUGCAGUUCCUGAGGUUUACAGGAAAGCAGAGGAGAAACCCUCUAAGCAUGAAGCUCCUCCCCCACCUGCAGCCCCAGAACCGGAGAAAAAGAAGCGGGAACCUGAAGUGACUCCUCCUCGGCGAGAAGAGCCUGCAGCUCCACAAGUUCGAACUGAACCCAAACCCAAACCCAAACCUGAGCCGAGAGAAGUUGAAACGGUUCCUCCAGAACCAGAACCACUGCCUCAGAAAGCAGAAGAGCCCAAAGUGACUGAAGUACCAGAAGUUAAACCAAAAGCCGCUGCAGUUCCACAACCCAGAGUCCCAGCUGUAGCCGUGGAAACGAAAGUCCACCUGGUGGCUGAGAGGGUCCCUCCUCCAAAGACUGAGGUGAUCCUACCAAGAGCACCAGAAAAGGCUGCGGCAGCGGCAGCCCCAUCAGCGCCAGAGCGUCCAACAGCUGAAGUGCAAGAUGUACGUAGAGGGGAGGAAGCUGUGGUCCAAAGAUCUGAGCCAGAGAUGCGGACGGAGGAUGCUCCAGUUCCAGCUUCCUCAGAGCCCAAGAAGCUUGAGGUUCCUGGGAAAUCACUGCCACUGGUUCCUAAACGUGAACCAGAGGUUCCAAAGAAGGCAGAAGAACCGGAGCUUGCAGAGAAAACGAAGGUUAUCAGGUUUCCUGAAAAAGUUGAAGAUUCCAAAACAACGAGAGAAACUGAGAAGAAAGUUCCAGAAACCAAGACAAGGUUUCCAGAAAAGAUAACUGAAGCUCCAACCAAGGUUGCAGAAAAAUCCAAAGAGAAAAAUAGGGAUCCAGAGCCUCCCAUAAAGGUUCCUGAAACACCAAAGAAGGUUCCAGAAGAAGCAGAGGUUAUGGAACCAGCAGCCGAGCUCCAGAGUAAAACAGAAGCUCCAAAGCUGGACCUGGAGAAGGCUCUGCCAGGUCCCAGAGGACCUCCACCCAAAGACAAACCAGUGUCUCCGCCUAAGGAGAAGAAAUCUUCUGCACCAGAACCAAAGCCUUCACCUCCGCCUCCUCCUCCUCAGAAGGUUGCUCCACCUGCAGAGGAAAAGAAACCAGCCCCAGAACCAAAGCCUUCACCUCCUCCUCAGAAGAUUUCUCCUCCAGCAGAGGAGAAGAAAGCAGAACCAAAGCCUUCACCCCCUCCUCCUCCUCAGAAAGUCACCCCCCCUGCAGAGGAGAAGAAGCCAGAACAAAAACCUUCACCACCUCCUCCUUCUCAGAGGGUUGCUCCUCCCACAGAGGAGAAGAAACAAUCAGUAGCAGCACCACCAGCUCCUACGCCCAAAGUUGCUCCUCCUGCAGCGUCUCCUCCGGAAGAAAAGAAGCCUUCUCCAGUAUCCAAAGAACCGGCAGCGGAGAAACUUGUUCUUCCAGCAGCUCCAGUUGCACCAGUGGAGAAGAAACCAGAGCCAGCUGGAAAGGCUGAACCUAUCAGCGUCUCUGAGAGAAUCUCUCCUCCUGAAGACAAGGAACCAGUUUCAGCUCCUGGACCAACCAAAGAAUAUGUCUCUGCUCCCUCAAACACAGCCCCUACUCUUAGACAAAAGGAUAAAAUUCCUAUUCAGGAGGAAAACACUGAGGUUCCUAAACCAAAACCUAAAGUCACCAAAAUACCAAAAGUAAAGGAGCCAGAGAGGGAGACCGUCCAGCUGAAGAAGGUUCCAGUAAAACCUCCAGAGCCCGAGAAGGAGGUCAUAACCCAUCAGACAGAAGUGAUGAAACAUCAAACCUCGGAACUAUCAGUGCGAGGACUUCAUGACAGAGAAGACCGAGAGAUAAUAACCUUCGGAAGAACCGAACGAGUCUUCACAGCACAACAGGAAACAAUUCAGCUGAGCCAAAGUGAGGAGAUGGAAACUCUUCAGAUAAUCAAAGCGGCGGAGAAAGAGGUUUGGACAAGAACCGCAAAACCCAAGAAAGAAGAAGAAGCCAAAGUUCCAGAUGUAGAGAAGAAGAAAAUCAAGAAAUUGCCAAAGACAGAUGAGCCAAAGGAAUCUGUAAAACUAAAACCAGUCGAAAGGUCUGAGAAGUUCGAACAAGAGCCGGUCAAAUCGAAACCGGUUACUGGUACCGAAAUGACAAAAGACCCAGAAGUCAGAGUACAGAGGCCUAAGGAGAGAGAAGAUGGAGAGAUAAACCCACCUGGAAGACCUGAUAGAGUGGCUCCCCUUGCUGAAGAGCCGUCUGAAGGCGUUCCAACAGCAGAACCCAAACCACCACAGGAGGAAGACAAAACCCUACUGAUCAGAACCACAAAGGCAAAAAGCGAAGAACCUCAGCCAGAUUUAUCCAAGAAGAAGAUUAAGAAAUUACCCAAGAAAGACGAAGAACAAGAGGUUGUGACGUUAAAGCCUUUUCAAAAACCUGCAGCGGUUGAUCAAACACCAGAUGUUAAGGUUUCCAAGACAGCUGAUAAGCCUAAAGUAAGUCCCCAACCAGAGGGGAAGGAGAAGCAAAUCACAAUGAAGACUAAAGUCCCCAAGCCAGAAGAUGGGCAGCAGAUAAAGGAGCUGUCUCAACGUCCGAGGGACCAAACAGUCAAAGACAUGAAGGACGUGGAGAAAGAGACUCCUGUGAAGAAGGAAGAACCUGCCAUUCCGGCCAAGAAGCCAAGUCCUCCUCCUCUUAAAGAGAAGAUCUCGUCUACUAAGGCGCAGAAGCUCCCAGAAAAACCAGACGAUGUCCUAAAGAAAGGCGUUGGACCCAAAACGACUCCUUCUCCCAGGGUCAUUGCAGAUAAAGCAGAAAAGCCUGUUGAGGAGCUGCAGAAGGUUGAGUUGAAGACUCUGUCACCAAAGGUGGACGAGCAGAAGGAGGCAGAGAAAGUUCCAGCUCAGGGAAAGGCCUCCAAACCCGUUUCCCCCACCGGAGCCGUCACACUCAAAAAGGUCCCCAUGAAGCCGUCGACAGAUGAAGCCCCAGAACCAGAGCAGCCACAUAAAGGCGGGGUCCCCCUGCUGAAGGCCAUCUCUCCUGGAGCCGUCGAGAUGACAAGAGUGACGACUCACCCCGAGGAGGAGGUUCAUGAACAGGAGCCUGAAGAAGAGGUUGAAGAGGAGUCCUGGGGCUGGGACCUGGUUCCCUCUAAAGACUGGGAAGGUGAAGAGACAGACGGAGCCGUCCAAACGCCGGGUAUGCCUGGUGGCAGACGAGAUGGGAAACCAAGCGAGGAACCAUCGAAGGGCAGAGGCAGAGGAUUUGGGGCGAGGCAGACUCCGUCUCCAGGUGAUGGCGGCAAGGGUCGGGGCUUGAAGCCAGGUGGCAAAGGUCCAUCGCCACCAGAGGAACCGUUUGCAGGCUUCAAGCUCAAACCAGUGGCUCUGAAGUUUGUCAAGAAGAUCCAGGACAUCGUUCUGCAGGAGGCCGAGUCCAUCGGUUCAUCUGCCGUGUUCGAAUGUGAGGUCACGCCCUCCACAGCCAUCACCUCCUGGAUGAAAGAUGGCGGUAACCUGCGUGAAGGUCCGAAGCACAAGUUCAUCUCUGACGGCAAAGACCGGAAGCUGCACAUCAUCGAUGUCCAGCUGUCGGACACUGGAGAAUACACCUGCGUAGCCAAGAAUGCUGGGAAGGAGAUUUCCUGCACUGCUAAGCUCAUCGUUGAAGAGCUGCCUGUGAAAUGGCUGAAGGAGCUGGAGCCUGAGACGUCAUGCAUGAAAGGUCAGCCCAUGUACCUGACCUGUGAGCUGAACAAAGAGAGAGACGUGGUGUGGAAGCGUAACGGAGAGCUGCUGAAGAAGAAGGCCGGGAAAGUGGCCAUCAACGUGAUCGGGAUGCAGCACGCCGUGACCAUCCAGAACUCCACCGACGAGGACUCUGGCGUCUACACCUGCGAGGUCGACGGUCAGGAGGAUGUUAAGACGACGACCAACGUCAAAGUGAUUGAAAUCAUCAAAGACUGGCUGGUAAAGCCUCUGAGGGACCAGCAUGUGAAACCAAAGAACAAGGCAACGUUUAAAUGCGAGCUCUUCAAAGACACACCCAACUGGAAAUGGUACAAAGGGGAGAAUGAAGUCGCCCCUUCUGACAAGGUGGAAAUUAAGAAAGACGGAAAAGAUGUGAGCCUGACAAUCAACAACUGCCAACCUGACGACGUGUCGGACUACACCAUCGAGGUGGAGGACCGGAGAUACACGGCCAAGCUCACACUGGGAGAGCGUGAAGCUGAGAUCCUGAAACCUCUCGCCAGCGUCGAGGUGGUUGAGAAGGAGGAGGCUCACUUUGACACUGAGAUAUCUGAGGAUGACGUUCCCGGCGAAUGGAAACUCAGAGGCCAGGUUCUAACCAGAUCGCCGACGUGCGACAUUAAAGCUGAGGGUCCAAAGCGCUUCCUGACGCUGAAGAACGUACAGCUGGAUCAGGCCGGAGAAGUUUCCUUCCAGGCUCUGAACGCCAACACCAGCGCCAUGCUCACCGUUAAAGAGAUCGAAAUGGGCUUUGUUGACGAGCUGAAGGAUGUGUCUGUGCCUGAAAAGAAACAGGCUAAGUUUGAAUGCACCAUCACCAAGGAUGUGCCUAAGGUCAUGUGGUUUAAAGGGGUUGAGAUCAUCACCCCAAGCCCCAAAUAUGAGCUAAUUGACGAUGGGAAGAAACACAUGCUGAUUAUAAACAGCUGUGAGUUUGACGAUGAGUCUCAGUACACCGUAGAGGUGUUGGACCGAAGAUCCACCGCUCAGCUGACGGUGGAAGGCAUGAGGCUGAAAUUUGUGCAGUACCUGCAGGAUCAAACGAUCAAAGAAGGUAACACGGUGCGCUUUGAUCUGGAGCUGACGCACGAGAACGUGCCUGUAGUUUGGUACCGAAACGAGGUGAAGCUCCACGUGAGCCGAACCGUGCUCAUGCACACGGAAGGACGGCGGCACACCUUAGAAAUGAGGUCGCUGAGUUUAGAGGAUACCUGCCAGAUAAAGGCAGAAGCCAAAGGAAUUUACUCCUCAGCCAAGCUGACAGUUAUAGAGGGAGACGCCGUCUUCCUGGUGAAGCUGCAGGAUUACACCGCCACCGAGAAAGACGAGGUGACGCUGGACUGCGAGCUGAGCAAGGAUGUCCCCGUGGUCUGGUAUCAUGAGGAGAAGGAGGUCAUAGCCUCCAAACUGGUGGUGAUGAGGUCAGAGGGCACGCGCAGGUCUCUGGUCCUGAAGAAGGUCGCGCAGAACGAUCAAGGAAAAUACGUCUGUGACUGUGGGACGGACAAAACCUCCGCCAGCAUCCUGAUAGAGGCACGCGACGUGAAGGUAGUCAGACCGAUUUACGGCGUGGAGCUGUUUGACGGAGAGACGGCUCGGUUCGAGGUGGAGAUCUCUGAGGACGACGUCCACGGCCAGUGGAAGCUGAACGGAGAAGUGCUCAGUCCAUCCUCUGAUGUGGACAUCAUCGAGGAGGGAGGAAAGCACACUCUGAUUCUCUACAACUGUAAGGUGUCCAUGACCGGGGAGGUGGCCUACUCUGCUGCCAACGCCAAAUGUUCUGCCAACCUGAAGGUCAAAGAACUUCCUCUGAACUUCCUCACGCCUCUGAGCGACGUCCAGGUUUAUGAGAAGGAUGAAGCCCGCUUUGAGGUGGAGGUGUCCAGACCUCCCAAGAGCUUCCGCUGGCUCAAAGGCUCUCAGGAACUGACGAGCGACGACAAGUAUGAAAUGAUCCAAGAGGGGAAAAUGUACGUCCUGCUGAUCCGAUCGGCGGCCUUUGACGACGAGGCCAAGUACAUGUUUGAGGCAGAGGACAAGAGGACGACCGGCAAACUCAUCAUUCAGGGUAUUCGCCUGGAGUUUGUCAAACCCAUUAAAGAUGUGACGGUAAAAGAGCGGGAAACCGCAGAGUUCAGCAUUGAGCUCUCUCACGAAAACAUCUCGGUGAUUUGGUACAAAAACGACGUCCGGCUGCUUCCCAGUAAGGUCAUCCACAUGUCGGAUCACGGAAAGGUCCACACUCUGGCCUUCAAGGAGGUGACCAUCGACGACACGUCUUUGAUCAAGGUGGAGGCCAUGGACAAGAGCAUGACGGCCAUGCUCACCGUCAUUGAGGGCGACAUCUACUUCACCACCAAGCUGCAGAACUACACUGCCGUGGAGAAGGACGAGGUGAAGCUGGUCUGCGAACUCAGCAAGGCCGCCGCCGACGUGAAAUGGUUCAAGGAUGGGCAGGAGAUCACCCCGUCCAAGAACAUCGCCAUCAGCGCCGAUGGGAAGAAGAGAAUCCUGAUGGUCCGUAAGGCGGAGAAGGCUAACAUCGGAGAAUACACCUGCGACUGCGGUUCAGACAAAACCACAGCCAACCUGAAAAUCGAAGAGCGUGACAUCAAGGUUGUCCGUCCGCUGUACAGCGUGGAGGUCACCGAGACGGAGACCGCCAGGUUUGAGACGGAGAUCUCUGAGGAGGAUGUCCAUGGAAACUGGAAGCUGAAGGGAGAAGCUCUGCACCAGUCAGCUGAUGUGGAGAUUAAAGAGGAAGGAACCAAACAUCUGCUGAUUCUCUAUAACGUCCGUAUGGACAUGGCUGGAGCUGUGGACUUCUCUGCAGCCAAUGCCAAAUCCAACGCUCAGCUCAGGGUCAAAGCUCGCUCCAUCACACUGAUGCGUCCUCUGAAGGACGUUACGGUGACGGCGGGAGAGACGGCCACCUUCGAGUGUGAGCUGUCAUACGACGGAAUCGAAGUGGAGUGGUUUGUUGGAGGACAGAAGAUGGAAGCCAGCGAUCGGGUGAAGCCUCGGGUGACGGGUAGAGUUCACACCUUGACCAUCCGUGACGUGAAUCUCUCCGAGGCCGGUGAGGUCAAAUUGACAGCCAAGGAUUUCCUGACUCAGGCUCAGCUCAUUGUCAAAGAGCCGCCGGUGGAGUUCAUCAAGCCUCUUGAGGACCAGACGGUGGAGGAGGAGGCCACCGCCACGCUCGAGUGCGAAGUCUCAAGAGAGAACGCAGAGGUGCACUGGCUGAGGGAGGGACAGGAGAUCAGGAAGACCAAGAAGUACGACAUUGUCGCAGACGGGCGCAAGAGAGCCCUUGUCAUUCAUGAAUGCUCCCCAGACGAUGCUAAGAUGUACACAUGUGACGCUAAAGACUUCAAGACUUCCUGCUUCCUGGAGGUCACACCUCCUUAUGUAGAGUUCACAAAACCUCUGCAGGAUGUAGAAGUUAGAGAGAAGGAUUCAGCCAGGUUUGAAUGUGAAGUGUCCCGCGAGUCCGCCAAGGUCCGCUGGUUCAAGGACGGCGGCGAGAUCAGAAAAGGAAAGAAGUACGAGAUCAUUGCUAAGGGAGUGCAGAGGAUCCUCGUCAUCCACAGGUCGGUGUUUGACGAUGAGGCCGAGUAUGAAUGCGAUGCCAGAACCUCCAAGACGUCCGGCAUUCUCACAGUCAUCGAGGAAGCAGCCACAUUUACUAAGAACCUGUCCAACGUGGAGGGAACAGAAACAGACAGCAUAAAGAUGAUCUGUGAGGUUUCCAAAGCCGAUGCUGAGGUCAGCUGGUACCGAGGAGAUGAGGAGCUGCCAGAGGGCGGACGCUACGAUCAGAUCAUGGACGGUCGCAGGAGGAUCCUGAUCAUACAGGACCUGAGGAUGGAAGAUGCUGGAGAAUACAACUGUAGGCUGAGUCCAACAGUCAGGACAUCCGCCUCCCUAAAAAUCAACGAACUGGAAGCGGAGUUCACCUCUCGUCCUCAGAACCAGGAGGUGGUGGAGGGGGAGAAGGUGGAGUUCUCCUGCACUGUCUCCAAGGACACCUAUGAGGUGAAGUGGUUUAGAGGUGAUCAGGAGAUCCAGGAUGGAGACAAGUACACAAUAAUCAGUGAAGGAAAGAGAAGAGCCCUGGUGGUGAAAAACUGUGACCUGAAGGAUGAAGGUGGCUACGUUGCUCACAUCGGCAGCGUUAAAGCUUCCGCUGAUCUCUGUGUGAUAGAGAAACUAAGGAUCGUCACACCAAUUAGGGACACGGAGGUGAAGGAAGGAAGUGAGAUUGUCUUUAACUGUGAGACCAACACUGAGGGAGCCAAGGCCAAGUGGCUGAAGAACGAAGAGACCAUAUUUGAAAGCAGUAAAUACAUGAUGAUGCAGAGAGACAACGUCUUCUCACUGAGGAUCAAAGAUGCUCAGAAGGCGGACGAGGCCGCCUACACGGUCUCUCUGACUAACCACAGAGGAGAACAUGCUAAGUGCUCUGCUAGUGCUAAAGUUUCAGCAGAAAAACUUAGAUUCCUGGAACCCAUCGAAGACAUAGAGACCCAGGAGAAGAAGACCAUCAGUUUUGUUUGUAAGGUGAACCGGCCUGAGGUGACGGUGAAAUGGAUGAAGGCCGGCGAGGAGGUGACGUUCAGCAAACGCAUCGUCUACAGGGCGGAUGGCCUGAAACACACUUUGACGAUCAAGGACUGCGUCAUGGAAGAUGAGGGGGAGUACACCGCCGUGGUCGGAGACGACAAGUGUGCCGCUGAGCUGAUCAUCAGCGAGGCGCCAACAGACUUCACAGGACAGCUCAGGGAUCAGACCAUCACAGAGUUUGAGGAUGCAGAGUUUACCUGCAAGCUAAGCAAGGAGAAGGCUGCAGUCAAGUGGUACAGGAACGGACGCGAGAUCCGAGAAGGACCCAGAUAUCACAUGGAAAAAGAAGGCAAGACGUGCAGACUGAUAAUCAAGGUGUGCAGACCAGAUGAUGAGUGUGAAUACGCCUGUGGUGUGGAUGAGAGAAGGACCAGAGCCCGGCUUUUUGUUGAAGAAACCCCAGUGGAGAUCGUCAGGCCGCCCCAGGACAUGUUUGAGCCUCCGGGCUCGGAUGUUGUGUUUGAGGUGGAGCUCAACAAGGACCGAGUGGAGGUCAAGUGGAUGAGAAAUAACAUGAUUAUAGUGCAGGGAGAUAAGUACCAGAUGAUCAGCGACGGUAAGAUCCACAGGCUGCAGGUCUGCGAGAUCAGACCCAGAGAUCAAGGAGAGUACCGCAUCGUGGCCAAAGACAAGGAUGCCCGGGCCAAGUUGGAGCUGGCAGCAAUUCCUAAGAUCAAGACCACCGACCAGAACCUGGUGACGGAUGCUGGUAAACCAUUUGUCAUGGCAGUCCCCUAUGACGCCUACCCCCGCGCUGAUGCUGAGUGGUUCUUUGGUGGAAACAGUUUACCUGUUCAGAACAUCGAUACUUCAAAUGAGAAGACAGAGUACCGGCUUAAGAGCCCCACCAAGGAGGACCAGGGCCGGUACCGAGUGGUGAUCAAAAACAAGCACGGGGAGGGGGAGGCUUUUAUCAACCUGGAUGUGAUCGAUGUCCCUGGACCAAUCAAGAACCUAAGAGUGGUCGACACUGCGGAUGGGGAGGUCAGCUUAGCCUGGGAGGAGCCAGAGAGCGAUGGUGGAAGCAAGAUCAUCGCCUACGUGGUGGAACGACGUGAUGUAAAGCGGAAGACCUGGACUCUGGCUACAGACCGGGCUGAUACUCCAGAGUACUGCGUCAGUGGACUCCAGAAGGACUCGCUGUAUCUGUUCAGAGUCUGCGCCCGUAACAGAGUCGGACCCGGACCUCUUGUUGCCACAGAUGAUGCCGUUCAGGCCAAGAACAAAUUUGAUGUCCCAGAUGCUCCAGAAAAUGUUGCUGUCGGUUUGGUGAACCGGUUUGGAGCCACCGUCAGCUGGGAGCCCCCCAAGUUUGAUGGCGGGUCAGAGAUCACAGCGUACGUGAUUGAGCUCCGAGACAGGACUUCUGUGAAGUGGGAGGCGGCCCUGGUGUGCGGAGCGGCCGAACGCUCAGCCACGCUCAACGAUGUGGUGGAACACAAGGAGUACAUCUUCAGGGUGCGAGCUGAGAACAAGGCUGGAAUCGGAAGACCCAGCGCUGCCACCAACCCCGUCAAGAUCAUGGAUCCCAUCGAGAGGCCGAGUCCACCUCUGAACCUGAACUACAGUGACCAAAUUAAGACGGCCGUCACUCUGACCUGGGAAACCCCACUAAGCAACGGUGGCAGCAUGAUCACCGGGUACAUCAUUGAGAAAUGCGACGAGGGCUCCGACAAGUGGCUGCGCUGCAACGCCAGACUCUGUCCUGACUUGUCCUACCGGGUGUCUGGACUGAAGCCUGGUCAGAAGUACCUGUACAGAGUUUGUGCCGAGAACGCAGCUGGUGUCUCAGAUCCGACCGAGCAGCUCGGACCUCUGCUUGCUGACGACCCACAUGUUGGUCCAACGUUUGACCUGAGCGGCUUUAGGAACGGCCUGGAGGUCAUUGCCCCCCAGCCACUCACCAUCAGGGUUCCCAUCACCGGUUACCCUACACCCACAGCCAAGUGGAGCUUUGGAGAGAAACAACUGACCACAGCGGACGAACGCGUCUCCAUGGUGACCAAGCCUACUUUCACAGAGCUGACAAUCUCACCGAGCGUCCGUCCCGAUAAGGGCUGCUACACCCUGCACCUGGAGAACGACGUGUCGUCUGUCUCUGGCGAGAUCGAAGUCAACGUCAUCGCGUGUCCAAGUGCGCCCAAAGACUUCAAGGUGGCUGAGGUGACUCGAAACCACGUCCACCUAAUGUGGGAGCCUCCAGAACACGAUGGAGGAAGCCCGGUCACCCAUUAUCAGAUUGAGAAGAGAGAAGUUUCACGCAAGACUUGGGCCAAGGUUGCUGCUGGAGUCAUGGAUCUGGAGCAUACAGUGACGGAUGUCAUUGAAGGAAAAGAGUACCUGUUCAGCGUCAUCGCCUGCAACAAGUGUGGACCUGGAGAACCAGCAUACAUAGACGAACCAGUAAACGUCUCGUCUCCUGCGACUAUUCCUGAUCCUCCUGAGAACCUUAAAUGGCGCGAUAAGAGUGGAAAGAGCAUCUUCCUUAUGUGGGAACCUCCAAAGUACGAUGGUGGUUCUCCAAUCAAAGGUUACGUGGUGGAUAAGUGUCAGCGUGGGACAGAUAAGUGGGAGCCCUGCUGCGACCCGAUCCCUGAACUCAAGUUCCAGGUGACGGGGCUAACUGAGGGGCAGUGGUACGCCUACAGAAUCAGAGCAGUGAACAGGUUGGGGGCCAGCCGACCCUGCAGGGCCACAGAUGAGAUCCAGGCUGUAGAUGCUAGAGAACCUCCAGAGAUUGAGCUGGAUGCAAAGCUGCUGGCGGGUCUGACGGCCAGAGCCGGCACCAAAAUCGAGCUUCCUGCAGACGUCAAAGGAAAGCCUGAUCCUCGUGUCAAAUGGACCAAGGCCGACCUGGUCCUGCGGGCCGAUGACCGCAUCUCCAUCGACUCCCAGCCAGGUCACUCCAAGCUUUCCAUUAGCAACACCACCAGAGAAGACACAGCCACUUACAUCAUUGAGGCGGUUAACAUCUGUGGACGUGCCACGGCCACCAUUGAUGUCAGCAUUCUGGAUAAACCGGGUCCUCCAGCCGCCUUCGACAUCUCAGAGAUCACCAACGAGUCGUGCGUUCUGGCCUGGAACCCUCCCAGAGAUGACGGGGGCUCGCCCAUAACCAACUACAUUGUUGAAGGUCGGCAAACGGACAAAGAGGAGUGGGUGAAGCUGUCCGCCACGGUGAAAGACACCACCUUCAAGGCCUGCAAGCUGACCGCCCUGAAGGAGUACAUCUUCAGAAUCAGCGCUGAGAACCAGUACGGCAUUGGCGUUCCCACUGAGCAUACACCCAUCAUUGCAAAGUACUCCUUUGAUCCUCCUGGUCCUCCGACCAGAGUCACUCCAUCUGACAUUGCGAAGGAUGCAGUGACCCUGACCUGGUUUGAGCCAGACGAGGACGGUGGCAGCCCCAUCACUGGGUACUGGAUCGAGAAGUUUGAUCAAGAGAGCGACAAGUGGAUCCGAUGCAACAAAUUGCCCAUUAAAGACACAACCUUCAGGGUAAAAGGACUCCCCACCAAGAAGAAGUUCCGCUUCCGUGUUUUGGCGGAAAAUCUGGCUGGACCUGGAAAACCGAGCGUGGAGACAGAUCCUGUGCUGAUCAAAGACCCCAUCGAUCCUCCAUGGGCACCUGGGAAACCGGUUGUCAGGGAGGUUGGAAAGACCACUGCAUUGCUAGCAUGGACGCGGCCAGAGCACGACGGCGGGGCCAAGAUCGAAGGCUACAUCAUUGAGUUCCAGAAGACAGGUAGCGAGGAGUGGAUCCGCAUUGCAGAGGACGUUCCUCAGACAGAGCACCAGCUGAAGGGUCUGAUGGAGAAGCAGGAGUACUCGUUUAGGGUGAAGGCCGUCAAUAAGGCUGGUGAGAGCGAACCCAGCGAGCCCAGUGACCCAGUGGUCUGCAAGGAGAGACUCUAUCCUCCAUCCGCUCCUCAGUGGCUGGAGGUCACCAACAUCACCAAGAUCAAUGCUGACCUGAAAUGGCAGGCUCCCAGCAGCGAUGGUGGGUCUCCCAUCACCAACUACGUGGUGGAGAAGAGGGAUGUGAGGCGGAAGGCCUGGCAGACUGUCGACACCACCGUCAAGGAGCUGAAAUACACGGUGACGCCUCUGAACGAGGGAUCGCUGUAUGUGUUCAGAGUGGCUGCAGAGAACGCCGUUGGAACGGGAGAGUUCUGUGAGCUGGAGGAUGCAGUGCUCGCCAAGGACACGUUCACUACUCCUGGUCCUCCAUACGCCCUGACAGUGGUGGAGGUCACUAAGAGACACGUGGAGUUGAAGUGGGAGCCUCCCAAGAGCAACGGUGGAAGACCCAUUACUAAAUAUGUGAUUGAAAAGAAAGAAAAAGUCGGAACACGUUGGUUGAAGUGCUGCAAGACUCCAGAUAAACAGACUCAGUUCAAGGUGACUGACGUGGACGAAGGAUCAGAGGUUCAGUUCCAGGUCAGAGCGGAAAAUGAGGCUGGAGUAGGAGAUCCUAGUGAGCCUACCGUCAUCCUCACCAUAGAGGAUCCAACCAGUGUUCCAUCUCCUCCUCUGGAUGUGGCCAUUGUUGACACCAGCAGGGAACACAUCAAUGUCACCUGGAAACCACCAGCCAAGGACGGCGGCUGUCCCAUCACGGGAUACCACGUUGAGGUGGCAGAGGCUCGUCCAGAACUCAAGUGGCUACGGGUCAACGCCCGCCCCAUUAAGGAGCUGAACUUUAGGAUCGACGAUGGGAUCAAACCAGAGAAGAAAUACGUAAUCAGAGUUCGGGCCAUAAACUCUAUUGGAGUUAGCGAUCCCUCUGAUAUCUCUGACAAAGUUGCCACCAAAGAUCCAGACUGUGCACCAUCCAUGGAUCUGGACGCACAGGAUGUGAUCGUCGUUGAAGGAGAGAAGCUGCACCUGAACAUCCCCUACAAAGGAAUCCCUACCCCCAAGAUGGUUUGGCAGAAAGACAGCGUGGAGUGCAAAGCGGACGACAGGCUCUCCAUGACGGUUGAGAUGAACAGCGCCCAUCUGGAGCUGCUGAGGUCCCAACGUUCCGAUGCCGGUGCCUACACCAUCACCCUGGAGAACAGUCUGGGAAGUGCCACAGGAAACAUCAACGUCAAAGUUAUCGGGCUUCCCGGUCAGUGUAAAGACAUCACCUCCAGCGACGUCACCAAGAACUCUUGUGUGAUCAGCUGGGAAGCUCCGGAAGAUGACGGUGGCACCCCCAUUGUCAGUUACACAUUGGAGCGUCGGGAAGCCUCUAAGAAAACCUACAUUCCUGUCAUGUCGGGCCAGAAUAUCCUAACCUUCAACGUCAAAGACCUUUACAUCAACUGCGAGUACUACUUCAGAGUGAAGGCUGUCAACACAGUCGGAGCCGGAGAAUAUCUGGAGCUGCGCAGCCCUGUCAUCAUGGAGGAAAUCAAACAAAAACCAGACCCUCCCAUCCAGGUCGAGGGCCAUGACCCCACAUCCAAGUCCAUCACCGUCACCUGGAAGGCUCCAGACUACGAUGGUGGUUGCCCCAUCCAGGGCUACAUUAUAGAGAAGAUUGAGAAGGAUGGCGACCGCUAUGAGAGGGUCACCCCCAGCCUGGUUGCCGGUUUCUCCUAUGUGGUGACGGAUCUGAAAGAAGACAUGGAGUAUCAGUUCAGAGUCCGAGCAGAGAACGCGGCCGGAGUCAGCGAGCCGUCGCGCAGCACGCCGCUGAUAAAGGCUGCCGAUCCUGUUGAGAAACCAAAGGUCACCCUGCAUGCACGCGUGCAGUCCGGCCUCUGCGUAAAGAAGGGCGAGGAGAUCCGCAUCGAUGCUUUUAUCUCUGGCUCUCCAUACCCCAAAGUCACCUGGCUGAGGAACGAGGAGGAUGUGACCAAAGAGCCCGCUAAAAAGAUAAUUCCAGUGCUGAAGAAGAAGAAGACCAAAGCCCAUGUUCCAGAACCAGAGGAGGAGUUUGUGACUCCUCUAAGGGAGCGUCUUGGUCUGGAUAAGACCACAAAAGGCCAGUCUGCCCUGAUGAUCCGUGACGCCGUCAGGGUCGACCAUGGGACCUUCACAAUCAAGGUGGAGAACACUCACGGCGUCGCUUCUGCCACCUGUUUCGUCAAUGUUCUGGAUAAACCUGGACCCCCGAUAAACUUCACCUUCGAUGAGAUCAGGAACACCUCGGUCAUCUGUAACUGGGAGCCUCCUGAGGACGACGGUGGGAGCGAGAUCUUAAACUACAUCUUGGAGAAGAAAGACAACAAGAGCGACGAGAUUGGCUGGAUCACCAUCACCUCCACCUUGAAGGGAACCAGCUUACCCGUCAUCAAACUCAUCGAGGGGAAGGAAUACAUCUUCAGAGUCACAGCUGAGAACAAAUAUGGCUGUGGUCCACCGUGCAUCUCUGAGCCGCUCGUGGCCAAAAAUCAAUUCAAUCCCCCCGAUGCUCCCAACAUCCCUAGAGUUCAUGAGGUGACAGCAAGUUCAGCCCACAUCUCUUGGCAUGAGCCAAAGGACAACGGCAGCCCCAUCCUUGGUUACUGGAUCGAGCGCAAGGAGGUGAACAGCAAACACUGGACCAGAGUGAACCGGGCCCUCCUCAACUCCCUGGACGUGAAGGUCACUGGUCUAAUGGAGGGCCUAACCUACAUCUUCAGAGUGUGUGCGGAGAAUCUGGCGGGCCCUGGACCCUUCAGUGAGCCCACUGACCGCAUCGUAGCCAUGGAUGCAAUUCUUCCUCCUGGACCCCCCAUCCCCAGGGUCGUGGAUACUGGCAAAGAUUCUGUCAUCUUGGCCUGGAAGCCCCCGCUGUACAAUGGUGGAGGGGACAUUUUGGGAUACCACAUUGAAAAGGUGUUGGCUGGAGAGAAGGAAUGGAGCCGCUGCACAGAGUUCAGGUGUAAAGAGCUGACGUUCACGGUGACCGGCCUCACGGAAGGAGCAGACUACUAUUUCCGGAUCCUUGCUGUUAAUGACGCCGGCCCUGGAGCUCCUGGUCUCACCGAACCUGUAACGGUCAAAGAGCCACAAGAAACACCUGUCGUGGAAUUCGAUGCCUCCGUGAAGAAUGGCGUCAUGAUAAAAGCCGGCGAAUCGCUGAGGCUUCCGGCUGUGGUGACUGGUAGACCUCAGCCAGAGGUGAAAUGGGCCAAAGACGAAGCAGAGAUCGACAAAGAGAGGAUGAUUGUGGAGACAGAGGGCAAGAGGAGCAGCCUGUUCAUCAAGAAGGCCGUGAGGACCGAUAGCGGGAAAUACCAGAUUACCGGCACCAACAGCAGCGGCACCAAGACGGCAGAAACCAAAGUGGAUGUUAUGGAUGUCCCUGGACCAGUGGUGGACCUGAAGACUGUCCUGGUGACAAAGAAGAACAUCGUCCUGACCUGGUCAGAUCCUCUGGACAACGGCGGUAGCGACAUCAUCGGCUACGAGGUGCUGAGGAAGGACGCCAAGAUGAGGCUGUUCCGGCAGCCCAUGGAGAUGGCAUCCUGCAGGUGCGACAUUCAGGGCCUGCUAGCUGGGGAGGAGUACGACUUCAGAGUCAUUGCCAGGAAUAAGUACGGCGAUGGAGCUCCAGCAGACCUGGGCCCCAUCCUGGCUGAGGAUCCUAAAGGUACUCCAUCUGCUCCAGAGAAGCUGCACUACACAGACCGAAGCAAGACCACCAUCACUCUGGCUUGGGAGCCCCCACGCACUGAUGGCGGCAGCCCCAUCAGAGGAUACUACGUGGAGAAGAUGAGGUCAGAUAGCACAGAGUUUGACGUGGCCAACAGGAAGAUCUUCACUGAGUGCUGCGGAACUAUCGAGAACCUCUCUGAGAACCAGGAGUACAAGUUUCGCGUGAAAGCUGUGAAUGAGGUUGGAGACGGAGAACCAUCCAAACCAAUCACCGCCAGGAUCCAGGACGACCAAAUCGCUCCAGUUAUCACAAUCCUGAAGUUUUUCAAGAGCAACGCCAUCAUUGUGAGGAAAGGAGCCGCCAUAGACAUCCCAGCAGAGGUGACUGGCCUUCCUCUGCCGACACUCCAGUGGAUAAAGGACGAUGUGGUGAUGGAGAAGCCUGAUGAGGAGAAGAUGACCUUAGAAACAGAGGAGGUAAACAGAACAACACUGAGGACGAAGAUUUCUAUCCCAGAAACUGUCCGACAAGACAAAGGAAACUACAACCUUGUUGCUGAGAACUGCUACGGCAAAGCUCAGCAUGUGGUCCGAGUGGAGGUCCUGGACCGCCCCCUUCCUCCGAGGAACAUCACUGUGUCCGACAUCAAGGCGGACUCCUGCUACCUGACCUGGGACGCUCCGGAGGACAACGGAGGCAGUGAAAUCACUAACUACAUUGUGGAGCGCAGAGAUGCCAGCAAGAAGAAGUCAGACUUUGAUGUUCUGACCAUCAACCUGAUCGAUAGAAGAUAUGGGGUCUACAAACUGAACCUGAAUGGAGUCUAUCAGUUCAGGAUCAAAGCUGAGAACAAGUAUGGAGUCAGCGAUGGCUGCGAUUCAGAGAAAGUCCAGCUGAGAGAUCCGUUCGGACUUCCUGGACCUCCACGUAACCCCAAAAUCAUAGCUGCAACUGCAACCACCAUGACGGUGACCUGGGACCCUCCGCUGGACAACGGGGGCUCCACCAUCCAGGGCUACUGGCUGGAGAAGAGGGAACGCGGUGCCGUCUACUGGGGCCGCGUUAACCGGGCGCCGGUGACCAAGCCAGCAGUGAAGGGGCUGCAGUACACGGUGCUGAGGCUCAUAGAAGGAACAGAAUACCAGUUCAGGAUUGCAGCCUGCAAUGCGGCAGGAGUCGGCCCCCACAGCGAGGCCACGGAGUGCCGCUUCGCCACCGACCCAUGCAACCCCCCAAGCCCACCUGGAACCCCCGAGGUUAAAGACAAGACCAAGAGCAGCAUCACCCUCGCCUGGGCUCCUCCAGAGAGAGACGGCGGCAGCCCGAUCAAGGGUUACAUCGUUGAGGUUCACGAGGAGGGCUCCCCGGACUGGAGGAGGGUGAACCCUGCCGACAAGCUCCACCCCUCCACAGAAAUCACCGUCCCUGACCUAAAAGAGGGCAAGAAAUGCAAGUUCAGGAUCUAUGCAGUGAACGCCGCCGGGAAGUCAGAGCCCGCUAGGACCGGAGACAUCGUGGUCCAGGACAUCCUGAUCGAACCAGCUGUGUCUCUGGACGUGAACGCUCACGACCUGCUGUACUGCAGAGCAGGAACCACCAUAAGGAUUCCUGCCACCAUAACUGGACGACCCGUUCCCAAAGUCACCUGGACCUUUGUGGACGGGACAGCUGAGACGGAGAAGAAGAACGACCUUCACACGCUGCCCGUCGACUCCGAGAUCCACUCUACUGACACCAUCUCCGUGGUGGUGAUCCCAGAGAGCAAGAUCGGUCACACGGGUCGAUAUAUCAUCAACGCAGAGAGUCCGGCCGGACACAAAAUCGUCAAAGUCAGGGUCAACGUGCUCGACCUGCCUGGACCUGUCAGGAAUCUGAAGGUGAGUGAUGUGACCAGAGGAACCUGCAGACUCUCCUGGAAACCUCCAGAGAGCGACGGAGGAGAGCGGGUGAAGAGCUACUUUAUUGAGAAGAAAACCGUGGAAGGCAAAGCCUGGACCAAGGUGAACCCAACCUGUGCCACUCAGUCUCUGGUGGUUCCAGACCUCAUUGUGGGUGAGGAGUACCUGUUCCGUGUCCGAGCUGAGAACAGCUUCGGGUUUGGCCCAUAUGUUGAGACUACUGAAAGUACCAAAGCCAGAGAUCCAAUCCAUCCCCCGGAUCCUCCAACACGGCUGAAGAUCCAGAACGUCAGGAAGGGCACAGUCUCGCUGACCUGGAAGGCUCCGAAGAACGACGGAGGGUCACCCGUUACCCACUACAGCGUUGACCUUCUGUGCUGGGAUUCCAGUGGAGCCCAGAAAGAGUCCUGGAGGAGGUGCAACAGGAGAGACGUGGACACCACCAGCUUUAAGGUGGAGGACCUGACAGAAGGAGACGAAUACGAGUUCAGAGUGACGGCUUACAAUGAAGCCGGACCCAGCAGACCGUCAUCCACCGCCGGACCCGUCAUCAUCCAGGACCAGACAUGUGCUCCAUCCAUUGAGCUGGAGGAGUUCAUGGAGGUGGAGCAGGGCGCCGACAUCAGCAUUGUGGCCAAGCUUCGUGGCUGCCCCUUCCCCACACUCACUUGGUACAAGGCGCCUCCCCACAAGUCUGACGACAAGGCAGAGGUCCAGUACGAUGAGCACAUCAACAAGAUGGUGACCGACGACAGCUGCACGCUCCUCAUCCAGCAGGGCAAACGUCACGACACGGGCCUGUACACUGUGGUGGCCUCCAACAGCCUUGGCAAGGCCUCCAAGGAAAUGAGGCUCAAUGUGCUCGGUCGUCCUGGCCCCCCAUCUGCUCCUAUUAAGUUUGAAGAAGUCGGCGCUGAAAAGAUCACACUGUCUUGGCUUCCACCAAAGGAUGACGGCGGCUCUAAAAUCACCAACUAUGUGAUCUGGAGACGCGUGGCCAACAGAAAAACCUGGGUGCCGGUCACCAACGAGCCCAAAGACCGCAUCUGGACCGUGGAGAAUCUCAUGGAGGGACAUGAAUACGUGUUCCGCAUCAUGGCGCAGAACAAGUAUGGGGUCGGUGAGCCUCUGGACAGUGAGCCUGAGGUCGCCCGGAACCGUUACACUGUUCCCGGGCAAGUUGAGAAGCCAACAGUAACCAACGUCAGCAUGGAUUCCAUGACGGUCAACUGGGAGGAGCCUGAGGAUGACGGCGGCACUCCCAUCACUGGCUACUGGUUGGAGCGCAAGGAGACCACAGGAAAACGCUGGGCUCGUGUCACUAGGGACCCCAUCCGUCCCAUGGGCCUGGGCGAGUCCUUUGUAGUGACCGGACUCAUUGAGGGGUCUGAGUAUUUAUUCAGGGUUUCUGCCAUCAACGCCGCAGGCCCAGGACUCGCCAGUCCUCCAACAGACCCGGUCUUCGCUCGGGACGCCAUUACUCCCCCAUCGCCUCCAACCCCGAGGGUCUCUGACUGGACACGGUCCACGGUUGACCUGGAGUGGAUUCCGCCCCUGAAAGAUGGAGGGUCCAAGAUCAUCGGCUACUGGGUGGAAUACAAGGAGGAGGGCACUGAGGCCUGGGUGAAGGCGAAGGAAACUGAAAUCCGAGGCACACGGUUUGUGUUCAGUGGUCUAAAGACAGGAGGUCAGUACAGAUUCAGGGUGAUUGCCUUUAAUGCAGCGGGUAACGGCGAGCCAGGUGAAGUCCCAGAGGUGCUGGAGGUCAACGACAGAAGCAUUGCUCCUGAGGUGGACCUGGAUGCAUCAAUGAAGGAGAAGAUGGUGGUCCACGCCGGCGGCGUGAUCCGUCUCAUUGCCUACGUGUCGGGCCAGCCGACGCCCGACGUUACCUGGACCAGAGACGGUGCAGGACUGCCCCCAGAGGCUAAAGUAGAGAGCACUGCCAUCAGCUCCUCACUGGUCAUCAAACCCUGUGCCAGAAAACAUCUCGGCGUUUAUACUGUGACUGCCAAGAACGCCAGUGGGGAGAAGACAAAGAACGUCACGGUGGAAGUCCUGGAUGUUCCUGGACCUGUCGGCAUUCCAUUUGUGGCUGAAAACCUGAGCAUAGACUCCUGCAAGCUCAGCUGGUUCUUCCCCGAGAACGACGGAGGCUCUCCCAUCAGCAACUACAUAAUCGAAAAGCGAGAAGCUGAGCGCAAAGCCUGGACAGCUGUGUCCUACAGCGCCAGCAGACAGAAUGCGAUCGCUCGCGGCCUGACCCUUGGAAAGGCCUACUUCUUCAGAGUGGCUGCUGAGAAUGCCAUCGGUAUUGGACCGUUUGUGGAGACAGCAGCGGAAGUUAUAAUCAAGGAGCCAAUCAGUGUACCAGACCGUCCUGAAGAUCUGGAGGUCACCAAGGUUACCAAACAUUUGAUUGGCAUCACCUGGAAAGCCCCCAAGUUUGAUGGAGGGUCUGAAAUCACCAUGUACAUUCUGGAAGCACGUAUGAUUGGAAAGGACAAGUUUACCAGGCUUACCAAAGAGAAGUUGAUGGACAGAAAGUUUACCUAUGAUGGCCUGAGAGAAGGAGACACCUACGAGUUCAGGGUGAUCGCAGUGAAUGAAGUCGGACAGAGCAAACCAUCGUUCUGCACCAAACCGAUCACUUGCAAGGACGAACUGGAGCCCCCAACCAUCGAGCUGGACUUCCGUGAUAAGAUCAUCAUACGUGUGGGAGAAAGCUGUCUGCUUCAGGGACGCUACACGGGCAAACCAGCUCCAUCUAUCGUCUGGUACCGAGAUGACGAAGAACUAAAAGCUGAUAAACACAUCAUUUUAAAGAGCACACCCACCAUGAUGUCUCUGGGCCUGGUAAAGGCGAAGCGUGAGCACAGUGGCAGAUAUGUGGUGGUUGUGGAAAACAGCACGGGGUCCAGAAAGGGCGUUUGUAACGUCACAGUUGUAGAUCGUCCAACUCCUCCUGUUGGUCCUGUGGUGUUUGACGAGGUCCACAGAGAAUUUAUGGUGAUCUCCUGGAAACCUCCAUUGGAUAGUGGAGGUGUUGAGGUGUCCAACUACAUAAUUGAGAAGCGAGAUGUCAACAGAGAAAUCUGGACCACAGUAACAUCUGCAACAACAAAGACCACAUGCAAGAUCCCGAAGCUAACUGAAGGCAGAGAGUAUAUCAUGAGGAUAUCUGCAGAGAACAUGUAUGGUAUCAGCGACCCUCUGGAGUCCGAGGAGAUGAAGGCUAAAGAUCUGUUCAGAGUCCCUGAAGCUCCAGAGAUGCCAACAGUCAGAGAGGUUUAUGCUACCAAUGCCCUGGUGUUGUGGAACCGUCCCCGUGAUGGAGGCAAACCUAUUACCAACUACAUCCUGGAGAAGAAGGAGCCUGGAGCGAAGAGGUGGUCCAGAGUCACCAGAGACCCUCUAUAUCCAGCGACCCAGUACCGAGUCCAGGACUUGAUAGAGGGCUGCGAGUAUGAAUUCAGGGUGAUGGCUGAGAACGAGUUGGGCACUGGAGAUCCCAGUCCCCCAUCCAAACCGAUCCUUGCCAAGGAUCCCAUUGUGUGCCCCAGUCCUCCGGUAACACCAGAAGCUUACGAUAAGACCAAAGAUUCAGUGAGUCUGAAGUGGCAGAUGCCUCGCCACGAUGGAAAAGGACGAAUCUUUGGCUACCUCGUUGAAUAUCAGAAGCCUGGUUCCGUAGAGUGGACUCAGGCCAACAAAACUCCAGAGGAGUGUCCUGACCUUCACUACGUGGUGACAGGCCUGACUGAUGGACAGGAGUAUACCUUCAGGAUCUUUACUGUCAAUGCAGCCGGCAAAUCUGACCCUGCCUACGUUAAACAGACCAUCAAAGUCCAUGACAGGCUUGAGGAACCAGAAUUACUCUUGGAUGCCAACAUGGCACGUGACCACUUAGCAAUGCUGGGUACCGACAUCACUCUUAGUGCCAAAGUUAAGGGGGUUCCAAUGCCGACAAUUACCUGGAAGAAAAAUGAUGGAGAUGUUCCUUCUCACAUCACCGUGGCUGUUACUGCCAGCGGCAGCAAAGUCUUCAUCCCCAAGUGUGUCCGUGCAGAUUCAGGCAACUAUACUAUUACGGUUGAGAAUGCUGCUGGAAAGAAAUCAGCAACCGUUGCCGUGCUUGUGCUGAAUAAGCCUUCUCCUCCAAGAGAUCUUGUGGUGUCCGAGGUGACUAGCGAGUCAGCCUACCUAACAUGGAAGGCUCCAGAGGACAAUGGUGGUGCAGUCAUCUCUCAUUAUGUUGUGCAAAAGAAGGAUGUGGCUGCAGACCAGUGGGUACCGGUUGCUCCAGCCAAUAAGAAGCUUAGUCUUAUGGCCAUGUACCUUAUGGAGGGAAUUCAGUAUCUAUUCAGGGUGGCUGCUGAGAACCAGUUUGGCAGGAGUGACUUUGUUGUGACCAAGGUACCCAUUAAGGCUACAGAUCCUCUAUAUCCUCCCGGCCCACCCAAAAAUCUCCACCAUACCGAUGCAGACAAGACAGAGGUGUGGUUGGCCUGGGAGUGGCCUGAUCGCAAUGGAGGCAGUGAAAUUACCGGUUUUAUUGUUGAACACCAAGAAGAGGGCCAAACUGAUUGGGUUACCUUUAAGACCAUGACCAACAACCACAGUCAUGUGACAGGUCUGGAAGAAGGCAAGACUUACCGCUUUAGAGUUAAGGCUCAGAAUGCCAUUGGUAUCAGCCGCCCUGAGACCAGUGUCCCCAUUACUUGCCAGGAGAAGACAUUGCCACCUACUAUAGAAGUUGAUGUGAAACUUAUUGAGGGUCUUGUGGUCAAAGCUGGCACUACCAUUGUUCUACCAGCUAAGAUGACAGGAAUCCCUCUUCCCACAGCCAAGUGGAUCAGUGACGGCAAGGAGUUGACAUCUGAAGGUCGAUUCAAAAUUGAAUCUGCUGAAACUUCAACCACCCUCAGUAUCGUAGAGAGCCAGAGAGGAGACACCGGAGAGUACAUGCUCACUGUGUCAAAUUCUGCGGGCAGUAAAACCGUUGCUCUACACGUCACUGUGUUGGAUCUACCAGGACCACCAGUUGGACCCAUCAAUAUUUUGGAGGUUACCCCCGAUCACAUGAUGAUACAAUGGCGGGCACCUAAAGACGACGGUGGUACACCCAUCACCAAUUAUGUGGUUGAAAAGAAAGAUGUCAAGAAGCCAUGGGAACCCUGGUCCGUUGUUAGCUCAAGUGGCAUCAGCACAAAGGCCAAGGUGACACGGUUGGAGAAAGGCCGCGAGUACAUCGUCAGGGUCCGAGCAGAAAACAAGAUUGGCAUUGGAGCUGGGCUUGAAAGUCCCCCAACGAUUGCAAAGCACUUGUUUAACCCUCCUGGUCCUCCAGGGUUCCCCGAGUGCUCUGAUAUCACAGAAAAUGCAGUUACAGUGGAAUGGGCCCUUCCUGACUAUGAUGGAGGAAGCCCUAUCAGUGGGUAUGUGAUUGAACGCAGAGAGAUGACAGGAAAAUGGAUUCGUGUCAACAAAACUCCUGUGCUGGACCUACGAUACAGAGUCUCUGGUCUGUUUGAAGGCAACAGCUAUGAAUUCCGAGUGUUUGCUGAGAAUGUUGCUGGUAUCAGUGAGCCUUCACUUACAUCUGACCCGGUCAAAGCUACACGUGCCAUCACCAAACCCGGUCCUCCCGGCAACCCCAAACUUAAAGACUGGAGUAAAUCCUAUGCAGACAUCUGCUGGACCAAACCCACGAGAGACGGAGGCAGCCCAAUCCUAGGCUAUGUUGUUGAGGCUCAGAAGUCAGGAUCUGCCCAGUGGGAUCGAAUCAACAAAGACCUAAUCAAGAUCUGUGCCUACAGAGUCCCUGGUCUCGUUGAAGGAAUGGAGUACAGACUACGUGUCAGAGCUACAAACAUAGUGGGAGACAGUGAACCCAGGGAACUGCCUGAGGCCGUUUUGGCAAAAGACAUCCUGGUGCCUCCUGAAGUUGUGGUUGAUGUCUCUUGCCGUGACUCUGUGACAGUCAGAGCAGGCCAGACAAUCAGUUUGAUUACUAGAGUAAAAGGCAGACCAGAUCCCGAGAUCACGUGGACAAAGGAUGCCAGAGCUGUGUCGCGAGAUAAGCGCACUGAAAUCAAUAGCAUCCACCCCGUCUGUGAGCUGAUUAUUAAUGAUUCAGUCAGGUCAGAUUAUGGAAAGUAUUCCAUUGUUGCCAAGAACAGCAGUGGACAGGCUCAGGCUACUAUUUUGGUCAAUGUCUUAGACACACCAGGACCUUGCCAAAACUUAAAAGUGGCAUAUGUGACAAAGAAAUCUUGCAUGGUCUCCUGGGAAAACCCUGAGGACAACGGAGGCACUGAGAUUACUCAGUAUACCGUUGAAUGCCGUCAGCCAAGCCAAAGAGGGUGGACAGUAGUCUCCAAUGACUGGACCAAGCGUUUGAUAAAAGCUCCUCUUACUGAGGGGUGCGAAUACUUCUUCCGUGUGAGUGCUGAAAAUAAGAUAGGAGUUGGGCCAUCCAUAGAGACAAAGUCACCAGUUUUGGCCGUCGAUCCUAUUGAAAAACCCGGGGAACCCAUUGAUUUCCAUAUAUCUGAGAUUGGAAAGACUUUCUGCUUCUUAAAAUGGAAGAAACCUGAUUAUGAUGGUGGUAGUCGAAAUAUAGGUUAUCAUAUUGAAAAGAAACCAAAGGAAGCUGAAGAGUGGGAGAGAAUUCAUAAGGGUGCAAUCAAGGAGACCUACUUUAUGGCCGAUAGGUGUAUCGAAAAUCAAAUCUACCAGUUCAGAGUCCAGACUAAGAAUGAGGGAGGUGAAAGUAAUUGGGUGACCACAGGAGAAGUACUUGUUAAGGAACAGCUGGUAGAGCCGGAAGUAAAGGUUAAACUCGAGGCAACCCUUGUUGUGAGGGCAGGAGAUUCAAUUGCAAUAGAAGCAGCAGUGAAGGGCAAGCCUCAGCCGGAUGUCAAAUGGACGAAGGAUGAAAGCACAGACGAAAUCAAGAAAGGCCCAAGACUUCAACUCGAAACUGGUGUAGACUUUUCUAAAUUGCUGAUUACAGGUGCUAGACGAACAGACAGUGGCAAAUACAUCAUCACUGCCUCCAAUAGUGCAGGAACCAGCUCCGCUACAGGCACUGUGAAUGUGCUGGACAGGCCUGGUCCCGUAAGGAACCUCAAACCGUCCGAUAUAACAACAGACAGGUGCAGUCUACACUGGGAUGUUCCUGAAGAUGAUGGUGGUUGUGAUAUAUACAACUACAUUAUUGAAAAAUGUGAGACCAAGAGAGGGGUCUGGUCUGUUCAUUCUAAUGCCGUUAUCACCAAUAAGGCGAAAGUAACCCGACUAAUUGAGGGUAAUGAGUACAUCUUCAGGGUUCGUGCAGAGAAUAAAAUGGGUCCUGGACCAGCAGUUCAAACUGAGUCUAUAGUUGCCGGCACCCAGUUCAAUGUCCCUGAUGCCCCCGAAUCACCAGAAGUAACAAAGAUCAGCAAAGAGGAGAUGACAGUACAAUGGUCAGAGCCUGAGAAGGAUGGUGGGAAACCAAUCUUGGGUUAUCUUUUGGAAAAGAGAGAAGAGCAUGCUGUUAGGUGGUCGCCUGUCAACAAAGAUCCAAUCCCUGCAACUCGUUUCACAGUCACUGGACUGUUGCCUCUCCAUGAUUACCAGUACAGAGUUAAGGCUGUCAAUGAAAUCGGCGUUGGUGCUCCGAGCAAGGCUUCUCGUGCAAUCACUGCAAAGGAUGCAGUGGAGCCUCCUGCACCACCUACCAACCUAAAGGUUGUGGACAGUACAAAAUCAACAGUUACCCUGGGUUGGACCAAGCCUGUGUCUGACGGGGGAGCUCCUCUCAUUGGAUAUGUUGUGGAGAUGAGAGCACAGGGCAGUGCAAAGAAAGGAGAUGAUGGCUGGAGGAGAUGCAAUGUAGCGGCACAACUUAUUGUGUGCGAGUUUACAGUCACAAGCCUUGAUCAUAAUCUAGUGUAUGAAUUCAGAGUGUCAGCCCAAAACCAGGUGGGCAUGAGCCUGCCCUGUGACCUAGAGGGCGCCGUGAUUCCAAGGGAGAUUCUAGAGGCACCAGAGAUCGACUUGGAUGCCAACCUGAAGCAGGGCCUGACAGUUCGCGCUGGUUGUCCCAUUAGACUUUGUGCCACUAUUAGAGGCAGACCACAUCCUACAGUCACUUGGAGGAGAAUGGGUAUCGAUAAUGUGGUUAGGAAGGGCAAAGUGGACAUCAUAGACACAAUGACCUUCCUGGUCAUUCCUGAUAGCACCCGUGAUGACUCUGGAAAAUACUGCCUGACUCUACAGAGCCCUGCAGGAGAAAAGGCUGUGUUUGUCAACGUCAGGGUUCUAGAUACCCCUGGACCUGUAAUGAAUCUUGAAGCUACAGACAUUAAGCAGACUUCAGUCAUGUUAACCUGGAAUCCUCCAGAAAACAACGGCGGCAGUGAGGUGAUACACUACAUCGUUGAAAAGCGAGAGAUCGACCGCAAGACAUGGGCAACUGUUAAGACUGAACUUCAGCCGGAUAAGAUUCCUGUCAAAGUCAGCGGUCUGACACCUGGCACUGAAUAUUACUUCAGAGUCACUGCUGUCAAUGAGUACGGCUCUGGUGUUCCUAAAGUCACGCCUACUUCCUACCUGGCAUCUGAUCCUGUCAGCAAGCCAGACCCUUGUCAGAAGAUUGAAGUGUUAGAAAUAACCAAGAACAGUGCGAUGAUUGGCUGGACGAAGCCUGAAAGAGAUGGAGGAGCCAAAAUUGAUGGUUAUGUUAUUGAAUAUAUUGAAGUGAAACCUCCACCAGAGCCACCAGCCCCUGUUAAGUUAGCCGAAGGUGAGGAAGCUCUUCCACUGCCUCCGCCACCCCCAGUUGUGGAGGAAGAAGAGGAAGAUGAAGGUGAAAAAGAAGUCUGGAACGCUUACACCACAGUUAAAGGUUUAACAGUCAGCAUCAGUGGUCUGAAGGAGGGCAAGAGGUACAAGUUCAGAGUGGCUGCCAAGAACAUCAUGGGCAUGAGUUCAUUCACUGAAACAAGAGAGCCAACUGAAAUCAAGGAACAGAUGGUGGAGCCAAAGAUUGUUAUGCCAGAAACCGCUAGUGCUAGAGCUGGAGCCAAGCUCAGAGUGGAGGCGCUAGUUUCAGGAAAACCUGUUCCCACAUGCAAGUGGACACGUGGUGAGAAAGCAGUGGUCCCAUCCAGCCGUUUAGCUGUGCACCAAUCUGGCAACCUAUGCGUCCUUAUCAUCAAAGAUGUUACAAGGAAUGACAGUGGAGAAUACAGUCUUAUUGCGGAAAACAGUACUGGACAAGUUUCCCAAGGAAUAAAGAUUGUAAUUCGAGACAUCCCUGGUCCUCCUGAAGGCCCUGUGGAAAUCAGUGACAUUGACUCUGAUGCUUGUUCCCUGUCCUGGAACAAACCUCUCGAGGAUGGUGGCAGCAAUAUUACAAACUAUGUUAUUGAGAAGUGUGACGUGACCAGAGGCGACUGGGUGACAGCGCUCUCCUCAUGCGCUAAGACUAGUUGCAGACUUGGGAAACUUAUUCCUGGAAAGGAAUUUGUUUUCCGCAUCCGUGCUGAAAACCGGUUCGGUGUGUCAGACCCUCUUCAGUCAGAAAGGAUGGUUGCAAAGUUCCCCUUUGAUGUACCAAGCGAGCCACUAAACUGUCGUGUUAACAAGACCAACAAAGACUGUAUGUUUGUUGCGUGGGAUAAACCAGAGACAGAUGGGGGCAGUCCCAUCACAGGGUACUACAUCGAACGUAAAGAGAGGAACAGCCUUCUUUGGGUGAAGGCAAAUGACACGGUGGUCCGGACCACUGAAUACCCCUGUGCGGGUCUCAUUGAAGGCCUGGAGUAUACCUUCAGAGUUUCAGCCAUUAACCGUGCUGGUCAGGGCAAACCGAGCAAGAAGACAGACUUUGUCACUGCAAGAACACCCGUUGACACUCCAGGUAAACCUGAAGUACUAGAUGUAACCAAGAACUCUGUCAGUUUGGUUUGGACCCGUCCUAAAAAUGAUGGAGGAAGCAAGAUCAUAGGUUAUUAUGUUGAGGCUAUGCGCGUGCCAGGAGACACCUGGAUACGUUGCAAUACCAGCAGUCAGAACGUCCCCAGGGAGGAGUACACCGUGACAGGACUGGAAAGAGACCUUCAGUACCAGUUCAGAGUCACAGCUAAAACUGCAGUGAACAUGAGCAAGCCCUCAGAACCUACUGACCCAAUCCUGGUCUGUGCUGAGAAUGUUCCACCAAGGAUUGAACUUAAUGCCAAGAUGCAAAAAGCUCUAAUGGUCAAGGCUGGAGCCACAAUCCUGUUGGAAGCAGAGGUGUUUGGUAAACCAAUGCCAAGAGUCACUUGGAAAAUAGGUGAUCAUACCCUGAAGUCAGGGGAAGGCCAGGUCAUUAAACAGCAGAGACAUCACUUCCAGGUAGAGAUACCUGACUGCACCAAAGAGCACACAGGAACCUAUACAGUGCUGGCAGAGAAUGCAAGUGGCUCUAAGACUGCAGAGAUCAUGGUCAAUGUACUGGACGUGCCCGGGCCCCCUGCCUGUGCUAAAUAUGAAGAGGUGUUAGCCUCCAGCAUUAAGCUGUCUUGGCAGCCUCCUCUAAAGGAUGGCGGCUCUCCUAUCAGCAACUACAUCGUGGACAAGCGUGAAACUAGCAGAACCAACUGGGCCCAAGUUUCAGCGAAGAUAAAGGGGGACAUACUGGAAUUUACUGUGGAGAAAUUAAUUGAGGGUCGUGAAUAUCAGUUCCGAAUUCGCGGUGAAAAUGCGUGGGGAGUCGGAGACCCAUUUAUCACCAAUCCAGUCAUUGCCAAGAACCCUUUCAAUGUGCCUGGUCCAUGUGAAGCCCCUGUGAUCACCAAUGUUACCAAAGACGGCAUGACUGUGAGCUGGAAGGAACCUGCGGAUGAUGGAAAGUCCCCUAUUCUGGGCUAUGUGUUAGAAAAGAAGGAGACUAAGGAGAUGAAAUGGAACAAGGUGAACAGAAAACCGCUAACAGAGCGGACUCUAGAAGUAACAGGUCUGACAGAGGGUGUUGAGUAUGACUUCAGAGUUACUGCGGUGAACAUAGCUGGGCUAGGGAAACCAAGUGAACCCUCUGCAAGCACCACUGCACAGAACCCUAUCACUCCUCCCGGACCUGUCAUAAACCCCAAUGUCACAGAUACCUCCAACAGCACAAUCAGUCUAACCUGGUCUGCGCCAGCUAAUGAUGGUGGAAGUCCCAUUAUCGGAUACUUGGUGGAAUGCAAGAGAAGCAACACCUCUGACUGGAUCCGCUGCAAUGUCCCCAGGAACCUGCAGGACACCAGCUACAUCAUUCAGAACCUUAUUGACAAAGCAGAAUACCAAUGUCGCAUAACUGCUGUUAAUAAAGUAGGAUUUGGUGAGCCAGCAGAAAUCCCAGGCAAACACGUUGCAAAGGAUAUUAUAGUUGCUCCUGAAGCUGAGCUGAGUGCUGAGCUGAAGGAGGUCCUGGAGCUAAAUGCUGGCACAAACAUGAGGCUGUAUGCUACCAUCAAGGGCCGCCCUACUCCCAAGGUCACCUGGGCAAAGAUGAACACCAACAUUAAGGACCGUCAGGGCAUCGUCAUUAAAUCUAGCAGCACUGACACAAUGGUUAUGGUGGAGAAGGUCAACAGAUAUGAUGCUGGAAAAUACAUUCUGUCUCUAGACAGCCUGGCUGGCAUGAAGAUGUACACCAUUGUUGUCAAAGUUUUUGAUACGCCCGGACCACCAGUCAACUUGAUAGUGAAAGAGACAUCCAAAGACAGCGCUUACAUCCUCUGGGAUGCCCCUCUCAUUGAUGGCGGUUUUGAUAUUACCCACUACAUAGUGGAGAAACGGGACACUGAAAGAAAGGCCUGGUCUGUUGUCUCCAACAACUGCACCAAGACUUCCUUUAAGGUCCCAGACCUGGAUGCCGGGCGGUCCUACUGCUUCAGAGUAUCAGCCGUCAACCAGCUCGGUACCGGAGAAACGUGUGAAACAGCCGAUGCUGUCAGAGCAACAGAGGAGCCUGGACCUGUAAUGGACUUCAAAACAUUACUGGUGACCAAAGACUCGUGUACUCUCAGCUGGAAAAAGCCCCUCACUGACGGUGGCAGUCGCAUCAUCUGCUAUGUACUUGAGGUUCUUAAUGGCGAUGACAAAUACAAGGAGCUUAUGAGGUCCAAGAACAUGCAGUACAGUGCCAAGGACCUUGUGGAGGGUAGAGAGUAUACAUAUCGGGUCAAAGCAGUCAAUGAUUCAGGAGAAAGUUCUGCCAAGGAGCUCACUGUUAUUGCUAAGGACCAAAUUAUUCCUCCAAGUUGUGAUUUAAGAGAGUUACCCAACAUGUGCUACAUUGCCAAAGAAGGCAGCACAGUACGUCUGAAGAUUCCAGUAGGUGGCAAGCCGACUCCCAAGGUCUCCUGGAAAAAGGGAGAUGAUGAAGAUUUGACAGACACUGGCAGAGUCUGUGCUGAGUCAUCUGCAGUCAACACCACCCUCCUAAUCAGGGACUGCCAGAGAACGGAUGCCUCCAAGUACACCAUCACCUUGAGAAAUAGUGGUGGCACCAAAGAGUCCACGAUCUUCAUCAGGGUGGUUGGUAAACCUGGCAUCCCUGUUGGACCAAUAAAAUUCAAAGAUGUUACCGCUGAUGGUGCUACACUUAAGUGGGGUGUUCCUAAGGAUGAUGGUGGCUCAGAGAUUACCAACUACAUCCUUGAAAAAAGGGACUCCGUCACCAACAUGUGGGUGAACGUUUCUUCCACAGUGGAGACCAAUUCAAUGAGAGUGACAGGCCUCCAUGAGGGCACGGAAUACAUAUUUAGAGUCAGUGCAGAGAACAAAUAUGGUGUUGGAGAGGGACUAAAGUCUGAGCCUGUGGUUGCAAAACAUCCUUUCAAUGUACCUGAUGCACCACCUCCUCCUCAGAUCAUGAGUAUGCGGCAUGAUUCUGCAUAUCUAGCCUGGUCUGACCCCAGAAAGACAGGAGGAUCUCCCAUUACAGGCUACCAUGUUGAGUUCAAGGAGAGGAACAGUAUGUUAUGGAAAAGGGCAAGUCCGUCUGCCUUAAAGAUGAAGGAACACAAGGUCACUGGACUAACUGAAGGAUUGGAGUAUGAGUUUAGAGUAAUGGCUAUCAACCUGGCUGGAAUCGGCAGGCCGAGUGCUCCAACUGAUCCGCAAGUGGCCCUAGAUCCCAUAGAUGCACCUGGUAAACCGGAUGUAAUCAGCAUUACUAGGAGCAGUGUGACCCUCCAAUGGACUGAACCUCAAUUUGACGGUGGACACAGGUUGACAGGAUACAUUGUAGAGAAACGGGAUUUGCCUUCAAAGAUCUGGGUAAAAGCCAACAAUGUGAAUGUUGUGGAACCUGCAUUUACUGUUGCUGAUCUCCAAGAGGGCUGCAAGUAUGAGUUCAGGAUCAGGGCUAAAAAUGCUGCUGGUGCCCUCAGUCCACCAUCUGAGCAGACAGAUACCAUUUUGUGUACAGACGAAUAUGCUGCACCAACCAUUACUAUUGAUGCUCACGUAAAGGAAGGUCUGACUGUCAGGGCUGGUGAUACGAUUGUUGUCACUGCAACAAGCAUUAUAGGAAAACCUGCACCAACAUCCUGCUGGUCAAAGGGAGGGAAAUACUUCAAACCCUCUGACCUUGUUCAAAUUGAAACCACUCAAACAUCAUCAACUUUGUCUGUAAAAUAUGCCAGCAGAAAGGAUUCUGGAGAAUAUAUCAUCACAGCCACCAAUCCAUUUGGUGUAAAGGAGGAAACCGUCAAGGUCAAAGUUCUAGAUGUCCCUAGUGCUCCUGGACCCAUUGAAUGCAGUGGUGUAUCCUCUGAAAAGGUGACUCUUACCUGGACAGCCCCUGCUGAAGAUGGAGGGUCAUCUAUCAAAUAUUACACCCUGGAGAAGAGGGAAACUAGUCGUUUGCUCUGGACAGUCCUCGAAGAGAAGGUCAUUGACUGCCACUAUGUGGCUAACAAACUCAUCCAGGGUAAUGAGUAUUUCUUCAGAGUCUCUGCCGUAAACCAGUACGGUGCAAGUGAGCCAUCUCACUCUGAAGCUGUCAAGAUGGUCGACAGAUUUGGUCCCCCUGGUCCACCAUCUAGACCAGAAGUAGAGAAAGUUGAUGGACAUUCAGUUACUUUGACCUGGAGAAGACCAGCUGAAGAUGGAGGAAGUGACAUUAUUGGUUAUAGUAUUGAGAAGAAGGAAAAGAAAGCGAUGCGUUGGGUUAGAGCAUCCAAGAAGUCGAUUGCAGAGCUCAGUUAUGAAGUCACGGGUCUCACUGAGGGUGUUGAGUAUGAGUUUCGUGUUCUGGCUGAGAACAAAGCUGGUUUUGGAGAGCCAAGUGAAGCAUCUAUGGCUAUCAAAACAAUAGUUGCAGCCUUUGUUCCAGGACCGCCAGUCAAUCCAAGAGUUACCGACACAACUAAAACUACUGCUACGCUGAACUGGGGGAAACCUCUGGACAAUGGUGGACUUGAAGUCACUGGAUAUGUAAUUGAGCACAGAAAGGAUGGAAUAGAAGAAUGGAUUAAGGAUACCCCGUCGUCUCCUCUCCGAAUCACAGAGUUUGUUGUUCCGGGCUUGGAAACUGGUGCUAAGUACCAUUUCAGAAUUAGUGCUGUAAAUGCCAAGGGAUCAGGUGAACCCGCUGAAACGCAGGAAUUGGUUGCAAUUGUAGAACAUGCUGCUGAACCUGAUCUAGAAUUGGAUGUUGAGCUGAGAAGGACCCUUGUUGUCAGAGCUGGUUGUUCGAUUCGUCUCUUUGUGCCUAUCAAGGGUCGUCCUGCUCCUACAGUCAAUUGGAGUAAAGAGGGUGGCCCUGUUCCACGUGCAGUCAUUGAUAGCACUGAAUCUUUCUCAAUGCUACUUAUUCCAGAGAGUUCACGAAUCGAUGCUGGCAAAUAUGAGAUUACCCUUGAAAACUCAGCUGGUAAGAAAAGUGCUGAUAUUCAUGUUAGAGUUUUGGAUUCACCUGGACCUCCUCUUAACCUCAAACCAGUAAAGAUUGACAAAGACAGUAUCACGCUUCAAUGGGAUAUGCCUCUAAUUGAUGGAGGAGCCAAAAUCACAAAUUACAUAAUUGAGAAAAGGGAGUCAACACGCAAGGCGUUUGCUACUGCAAUUACAAAGUGCCCAACAACAUCAGUUAGAAUUAGCGACUUGGGUGAGGGCUGCGAAUACUACUUCAGAGUUUCUGCUGAGAAUGAGUUUGGCAUUGGGGAGGCAGUUGAAACCUCUGAUCCAAUUCGUGCAUCCCAAGCGCCUACUCCUCCAGAAAGCAUUAUUUCUACUGACAUCACAAAGAACUCAGUAAGCCUAGUAUGGACCAAACCCAAACAUGAUGGUGGAAGCAGAAUUUCUGGAUAUGUUCUAGAAGCCAAAAAGAAGGGAACAGACCAGUGGGCACAUGUUUCAACAGUGAAAACCUUGGACUUCACUGUGAAGAAUCUCAAUGAAAAUGAGGAGUAUAUUUUCCAUGUCAUGGCUGUUAAUCAAUCUGGCAGAAGUGCUCCUCGUGAGAGCAAACCCAUUGUUAUCAAAGAUUCAACAUCUCUACCUGAGUUUGACUUACGUGGUGUUUGUCAGAAAACUGUUAUUGCAAAAGCAGGGGAUGACAUUAAGGUUGAAAUCCCAGUCAUGGGACGUCCAAGGCCAACAGUUUCUUGGCAGAAGAAUGGAGCAGCCCUAAAACUCACACAGAGAAUCAAUGUAGAAUCUACUCCAGCUACUGUUAUCAUCAGCAUAAGUGACUGCAGUAGAGCUGAUAGUGGUGUUUACACAAUGACAGGGAAGAAUAUUGUUGGAACUACGACAGACAACAUAAUCAUCAAAGUACACGAUAUACCUGGACCACCAAAAGGACCAGUAAAGAUUGUGGAAAUAGCUCGCACCUAUUGUGUCUUUUCUUGGGAAGCUCCUGAUAAUGAUGGGGGUAUUCCAAUUACCAACUAUGUUGUUGAAAUUAGAGACACCACCUCCCAGACAUGGACUGAACUGUCAUCCACUGUCAUUCGUACAGUGUUCAAAGCCAUAAGGUUAACCACUGGAUCAGAGUACCAGUUUAGAAUAAAAGCUAAAAACAGAUAUGGUGUUGGACCUCCCAUCACAUCAGAGGCUGUAGUGGCUGCCUAUCCAUUCAAAGUACCCGGACCACCAGGAACUCCUAGUGUAGUUGCAUUCACCAAAGACUCAAUAACAAUUGGUUGGAAUGAACCUGUCUCUGAUGGUGGAAAUGAAAUAAUUGGAUAUCAUGUUGAAAGGAAGGAAAGGAGCAGCAUAAUAUGGCAUAAGAUCAGCAAUAGUCUUGUGAAAGGCAAUGUUUUUAAGUCAACAGGACUUGAAGAUGGAGUUGCUUAUGAAUUCCGUGUCUUGGCUGAAAACAUGGCAGGAAUUGGUAAACCCAGUAAAGCCUCUGAGGCAAUACUGGCCUUGGACCCUGUGGAUCCCCCAGGUCAGCCUGUUCCAAUUUUUGUGAACAACAAUGCCAUCACUGUUCAGUGGACAAAGCCUGCCUAUGAUGGUGGCUUUAAGAUUACUGGUUACACAGUGGAAAAGAGAGAAUUGCCUGCUGGUCGUUGGAUGAGAGCAAACUUUAUCAACAUUAUUGAGACAGCAUUCACAGUGAGUGGACUGACUCAGGACACCUCAUAUGAGUUCCGGGUAAUAGCUAGAAACUCAGCAGGAGCAGUAAGCAUACCAUCUGAACCAUCUGACUCAAUUAUUUGCAAAGAUGACAUAAUAGAGCCACGCAUUAUGGUUGAUGCCAUCUUCAAGGACACUGUUCUUCUUAAGGCAGGAGAGUCCUUUAAGCUUGAAGCUGAUAUUGCUGGUCAGCCAAUCCCAUCUAUGACUUGGACAAAGGAUGGAAAGGAGGUUGAGAACACAAUGAAGCGAGAGGUUAGGUUUACUGAACUAGCAACAGUUCUGACCAACAAGGACUCUGUUAGAGCAGAUGGAGGUGAAUUUGUUUUGACUGCCACUAAUGUUGGUGGAUUUGCAAAACAUGUCUUCAAUGUUAAAGUGCUUGAUAGACCUGGACCACCAGUUGGACCCCUAAAAGUGUCUGAUGUAACUGCAGACAACUGUGUACUAACCUGGGCCCCACCAACAGAUGAUGGUGGUGCAAAGAUCGAAGGAUAUGUAGUUGAGAAACGUGAAUCAAGUAGACUGGUUUGGACCAAUGUUAUUUCAGGGCUGCAGGUUACACAACACAAGGUAACCAAGCUUCUCAAAGGGAAUGAAUACAUAUUUAGAGUAAUGGCUGUAAACAAAUAUGGCCUUGGGGAAUCUCUGGAAUCAGAACCCACUAUUGCGGACAACCCAUAUGUGAAACCUGACCCUCCAGAAAAUCCUGAAGUGACAGCUAUUACUAAAGAUUCAAUGAUUGUAAUGUGGCAAGCACCUAAGAGUGAUGGUGGAACUCCAAUCACCAACUACAGUAUUGAAAGGAAAGACAGAGCUGGCCUCAGAUGGGUGAAAUGUAAUAUGAGAAAAGUCAAAGACCUGCAGUUCAAGGCAACUGGGCUUACUCCAGGACAUGAAUAUGAAUUUAGAAUAUUUGCUGAGAAUGCUGCUGGAGUGAGCAUAGCAAGUGUGCCCACUCUAUUUUACAGAGCUACUGAUGGGCUGUACAAGCCAGGCCCUCCAUGCAACCCCAGAAUUUUGGAUACUACCAAAUCUUCAAUUACUGUUGCCUGGAACAAACCCGUAUAUAAUGGUGGCUCUGAUAUAACUGGUUACAUUGUUGAGACAUGCAUCCCAUCUGAAAAAGAGGAAGAGGAGGAAUGGACCAUAGCAACACCUAAGGAAGGUCUCCUCGCAACUUCAUUUACCAUUACUAAUCUGAAAGAAAACCAGGAAUAUAAGAUUAAUAUUUCUGCCAUUAAUAGUGAAGGAGUUGGAGAGGCAGCAACUGUUCCAGGAAAUCCCAAAGCUGAGGACAGAUUGCUACCUCCUGAAAUAGAUUUAGAUGCUGAGCUCCGCAAAGUGGUCAGUCUGAGGGCUUGCUGCACACUUAGACUGUUUGUCCCAAUAAGAGGCAGACCAGCACCUCAGGCUAUGUGGUCUAAAGGUGAAGGUGAAGCUGUAGAGAGGGCAACAAUUGACAGCACAUCUUCAUACACAUCACUUGUAAUUGAAAAUGUCAAUAGAUUUGACAGUGGAAAAUAUAACCUCACCAUUGAAAACUCAUCUGGCUCCAAAACAGUUACAGUUCAAGUCAGGGUUCUUGAUACACCAAGUGCCCCACAGAAUCUAAAAAUUACAUCUGUCACAAAGGAAGCUGUCUCUUUAACAUGGGACCCCCCAGUGAAUGAUGGAGGGGUCAAGAUUAAGAAUUAUAUAGUUGAAAAACGUGAGUCAACAAGAAAGGCAUAUGCCACAGUUAACUCCAACUGCCAUACUACCUCCUUCACAGUUGACCAGCUGCUAGAGGGGUGCAAUUAUUACUUUAGAGUCCUGGCUGAAAAUGAAUAUGGUAUUGGGUUGCCAAUUGAAAUGACUGAAUCAGUUAAAGUGUCAGAGAAGCCACAGCCACCUGGUAAAAUCACACUGAAAGAUGUCACCAAAAACAGUGUUACCCUAUCUUGGGAAAAGCCAGAACAUGAUGGGGGUAGCAGAAUUGGCUGUUAUGUUGUUGAGAUUCAGCCUAAAGGUGUGGAUAAGUGGACACAGGCUAUGAUAGUUAAAGACACAGAAGCAACUAUCAGUGGACUUAAUGCUGGUGAAGAGUAUAUGUUCCGUGUAGCAGCGAAGAAUGAGAAAGGAACCAGUGAACCUCGUCAAAUAGGUGUCCCUGUGAUAGUCAAAGAUCUCAUCAUUGCACCAGUUGCUAAAAUGCUGUUCAACACAUUCAGUGUGCUGGCAGGAGAAGAAUUGACAGUGGAGGUUCCAUAUGUGGCACGUCCAAAAGCAGCCGUUACUUGGAUGAAAGAUGGUCAGGGGCUGAAGAGAACUACCAGAGUCAACUUUGGGGCAACAGACACAAUGCUGAACCUUAACAUUAAAGAGGCCGCUAAAGAUGAUGUUGGCAGAUACAGUAUUACUCUUAGCAAUACAGCAGGGGAGACAACAAUAAAUAUUGGCAUUGUGGUUCUGGACAAACCUGGCCAGCCAAGGGGGCCUGUCAAAGUGGAGGAGGUCACUUCUGAUAGUAUUACAAUCUCCUGGAAUCCACCAGAGUAUGACGGUGGAUGUACCAUUAAAAACUACAUUGUGGAAAAAAGAGACACAUCCACAACCAAUUGGGUGGUAGUAUCUCAAAACAUUGCAAGAACACAAAUUAAGGCUGGCAGGUUGAAGACUGGCUCUGAGUAUCAGUUUAGGAUUGUUGCCGAAAACAGGUAUGGAAAGAGCCCAGCUCUUUCCUCUGAAAGUAUUGUUGCUCAGUAUCCGUACAAGCUCCCAGGACCACCAGGAACACCAAAAAUUGCAGCCUGCUCUAAGGACAGCAUGGUUGUAAUCUGGAAUGAACCUGUAAAUGAUGGCGGAAGUAAUAUCUUAGGUUACCAUCUUGAACGCAAAGAGAGAAACAGCAUCUUAUGGGUCAAACUUAACAAGUCUCUCAUAACGGAUCAAACUUUCAAGACCACAGGUCUGGAACCAGGAAUGGAGUAUGAAUUCCGAGUUUAUGCUGAAAACAUUGUAGGAAUAGGUAAAGCAAGCAAAGUAUCUGAAGGACAUAUUGCAAGAGAUCCUUGUGAUCCUCCAGGCACUCCAGAAGCAACAAAGAUCACUAAAGACUCCAUAACCAUUGUUUGGACAAAGCCUGAAUAUGACGGUGGUGCAAAGGUAACUGGUUACAUUGUUGAAAAGAAGGAGCUUCCUGAGGGUCGUUGGUUAAAGGCAAAUUUCACAAAUGUCAUUGAGACUGAAUAUGUUGCAACUGGACUUGUGCAGGAUAAAGAAUAUGAGUUUCGGGUUAUUGCCAGAAAUGCGGCUGGUGUCUUUAGUCUUCCUUCAUACAGCACUGGCCCUAUUACCGCCAGGGAUGAGAUUGAACCACCACGGAUCAGCAUUGAUCCUGAAUACACACAGACGCUUGUGGUUAAUGCUGGAGAAAACUUCAAAAUUGAUGCUGAUGUUCAUGGAAAGCCGUUGCCUUCUAUUCACUGGCUGAGGGGAGAACAGGAACUCAGCAACACUAUUCAUAGAGAAAUUAAGAACACACCGACUAAAGCUUUCAUGUUUGUAAAGGAAUCUAAACUUUCAGAUGGAGGCCAAUACACACUGUUGCUAAGAAAUCCAGGAGGAGAGAAAGCUACUCAAAUCAAUGUUGUCAUUCUUGAUAAACCUGGGGAACCACAAGGGCCUCUUGUUGUUACAGGAGUAACCAAAGACCAUUGUUCUCUUGCAUGGAAACCACCAAUUCAAGAUGGUGGUAGCAAAAUAUCUCACUAUAUCGUUGAGAGAAGAGAGACAAGCCGGCUUGUUUGGACUGUUGUUGAUCCAAAAGUACAAAAUAUUUGUCUCAAAGUAAAUAAGCUUCUUGAAGGAGAUGAAUAUAUCUUCAGAGUUCAUGCCGUUAAUCAGUUUGGAGUGGGUGCACCACUUGAGUCUGCUCCUGUUAUAAUUAAAGAUCCAUAUGUUCUACCUGGAACACCAAAAAAUCUGGAAGUUUCAGAUGUUAAAAAGGAUUCAAUGGUGCUCAGCUGGGAAGCUCCUUCUGAGGAUGGUGGAUGUCCAAUUACUGGAUACAUAAUUGAGAAGCAUGACAAAGAAGGAGUGAGAUGGACAAGAUGCAACAGGCAAACAGUUACAGAUCUGACUUUUAAAGUAACUGGACUCUUGGAAAGUCAUAUUUAUGAAUUCAGAGUUGCUGCUGAAAAUUCAGUGGGCAUUGGUGAGCCAAGCACCCCAACUGUUUUCUACAAAGCUCUUGAUCCCAUCUUCCGACCAGGCCCACCACAAAACCCCAAGGUCACUGACACAACAAAGUCAUCAGUAUUUCUGUCAUGGGGGAAGCCUGUAUGUGAUGGAGGCUGUGAAAUUCAGUCAUACAUUGUUGAGUGUAGCAUUGCUACAGAGCCAGUGGUGCAACCUGAUGCCCCAGAUGAAUCAGUCUCUGCCACCGAUGUAUCUGCUGAGGAAUGGAUAAUUUGCACUCCCCCAACAGGUGUAAAGACAACUAAAUUUGAAGUAAAAAAUUUGAAGGAAAACCAGGCAUACAAAUUUAGAGUGUGUGCCAUAAACAAGGUAGGAGUGGGUGAACAUGCAGAUGUCUCUGGAGCUGUGGUUGCGCAGGAUAGGACAGAGGAACCAGAUCUUGACAUUGACCCAGAACUUAGAAAGAUUGUGACCAUCAAAGCUGGUGCUUCCCUUAGACUAUUUAUCCCCAUUAAAGGAAGACCCACUCCUACUAUUAAGUGGGACAAAGAUGAAGCACCCCUCAAAGAGACUGCUCAGGUUGAAAUAACCAGCAGUUAUACAUCACUUGUUAUUGAUAAAAUGAGCAGAAAUGACAGUGGAAAAUAUACAGUUACUGCUCAGAACUCCAGUGGAACCAAGUCUGCAUUUGUUGUUGUCCGUGUCCUAGAUACACCCAGUGCCCCUGUUGAUCUUAAAGUAGAGGAGAUUACAAACCAGUCAGUAACACUGGCAUGGAAGCCACCUCUUUUAGAUGGUGGGUCCAAAAUCAAGAAUUACAUUAUUGAAAAGAGAGAAAGCACUCGUAAAACGUAUGCAGCUGCUGUAACAAAUUGUCAUACUCUUUCCUGUAAGAUUGAAUCCCUCCAAGAAGGCUGUAGUUACUACUUCAGAGUCCUUGCUGAAAAUACUUUUGGUGUUGGCCUACCAGCAUCAACAGUAGACCCUCUUAAGGUUUCAGAAGUGCCCCAAUCUCCAAGGAAUUUGAUUGUUACAGAUCAGACAAAAACAAGCAUCUCCUUGGCAUGGGAGAGGCCAGAAUAUGAUGGUGGGAGCAGAGUUCAAAAAUACCUGCUUGAAGUAAAGUUGAAGGGCCAGGAUAAAUGGUCUGCUGUAAACACAUUUAAGACAAUGGAAACUACAGUGUCCAAACUGAACCCAGGAAAUGAAUAUCUCUUUCAAGUUACUGCAAUCAACGACAAAGGAAAGAGUGACCCAAGGGUUCUUGCUGGUCCAGUGAUGACCAAGGAUCUAGUCUUUGAGCCAGAUAUCCGUCCUGCAUUCAGCAGUUACAGUGUUCAUGUUGGUAAAGACAUGAACAUUGAUAUUCCCAUCUUUGGACGCCCUAAACCAACAAUUGUAUGGACCAAGGAUGGAGCCCCUUUGAAGUUUACCACCAGAGUCAAUAUUCACAAUACAUCCACACAUACAACUUUAAGCAUUAAGGAGGCAGCAAGUGAUGAUAUUGGUAUGUAUACCAUAACUGCCACUAACUCAGCAGGAAAGAAAGAAAGUGCAAUCGAAAUAAUUGUACUUGACAAACCUGGUCCUCCAUCUGGUCCAGUGAGAUUUGAUGAAAUCACAACGCAAAGUGUAACAAUUUCAUGGGACCCACCGAAAUACAUUGGUGGAUGCAAAAUCUCAAACUACAUUGUACAAAAAAGAGAUACUAAUGCAACAACAUGGGAGAAUGUGAGCAGUAACUGUGCUAGAACAACCAUCAAAGUUUCUAGACUAAAGACUGGAGCUGAGUACCAGUUCAGGAUUAUUGCACAGAACCGCUAUGGAAAGAGUCAAGGUCUAGAUUCAUCAGCAGUAGUGGCUCAAUAUCCUUACAGAGAACCAGGCCCACCAGGUACUCCCUUUAUCACUUCUCUCUCCAGAGACCACCAAAUUGUUGAGUGGCAUGAGCCUAUAACAGAUGGAGGUAGUCCUGUUUUGGGUUACCAUCUCGAAAGGAAGGAGAGAAAUAGUAUUCUCUGGGUCAAGAUUAACAAGACACUUAUUCAUGGAACUACUUUCAAGAGUCAUCCUUUGGACGAGGGUAUCGAAUAUGAAUAUAGGGUUUAUGCUGAAAAUAUUGUUGGUAUCGGCAGAAGCAGUAAGAUUUCAGAGGGCUGCUUUGCUCGUGACCCAUGUGAUCCCCCUGGCACACCAGAGGCCAUCCAUGUGACCAAAGAUAGUAUUGUUAUUCAGUGGACUAAACCUGAAUAUGAUGGAGGCAGUAAUAUCACCGGCUACCUUAUAGAAAAACGAGAUCUGCCAGAAGGCAGGUGGGUGAGGGCAAACUUUACAAAUGUGAUAGAGACCCAAUUUACUGCUACUGGUCUUACUGAAAAUGCACAGUAUGACUUUAGAGUUUUUGCUAAAAAUGCUGUUGGGACAGUCAGCAAGCCAUCAUACAACAGUGGACCUAUCAUAGCAAGUGACAAUGUUGAGGCCCCUAAGUACUCAAUCGAUCCUGCCUUUACCAAAACUGUUAUAAUAAAUGCUGGAGAGACAUUCAAGUUGGAUGCAGAUGUCCAUGGUAAGCCACUACCUUCAAUCCAGUGGUUUAAGGAUGAUAAGCCUAUUGAGAAUACAAUCAGGCUAGAGAUCAAAAACACAGAAAACCAUUCAAUGAUCAUGGUCAAGGACUGUGUUAGAGUUGAUGGUGGAACUUACACCCUUCUGCUGACCAAUGGAGCUGGCAGUGAAACUGUUCCAUUUAAGGUUUUGGUCCUGGAUAAGCCUAGUCCAUGUGAAGGACCUCUCCAUGUCACUGGAGUAGCUGAGGACAGAUGCACACUGGCAUGGCGGGCACCAUUACAUGAUGGAGGUAGUGCUGUUACACAUUAUAUCAUUGAGAGGAGAGAGACAAGUCGUCUAGCUUGGACUCUUGUUUCUAACACUUGUAACACCACAUGCUACAAAGUUACCAAAUUACUGGAGAGCAAUGAGUAUAUCUUUCGGGUAAUGGCAGUUAACCAUCAUGGAGUCAGUGAGGCACUUGAGUCUGAUGCAGUUACUAUGAGGAAUCCAUUCAUUCCACCUGGUUCACCUCACAUUGAAGAUGUAUCCAACAUUGCCCAUGAUGGCAUGACUAUAACUUGGUCUGCUCCUGAAACUGAUGGUGGCAGUGAGAUUAUCAGUUAUAUAAUUGAAAAGAAGGACAGAGCUGGAAUCAAGUGGACCAGAUGUAACAGACAAAAAGUUACUGAUCUAUCAUACAGAGUUACAGGCCUAACCACAGGCCAUGAGUACGAAUUCAGGGUAUCUGCUGAAAAUAUUGUAGGAAUAGGAGAACCAAGCCUUCCAAGUUCAUAUUACAAGGCAUCUGACCCGAAGUACAAACCUGGUGCUCCAACAUAUCUUAAUGUAAUUGACUCCACAAAAACCUCCAUUACAGUUUCUUGGGGAAAGCCUUUGACUGAUGGAGGUAGUGCCAUUCAAGGCUACAUUGUUGAAGUAUGCCAAGCUGAAAAGGAAGAAUGGGCAAUGGUUACCCCCCCUACUGGCCUACGUGUUAACAAGUAUGAGAUUCCCAAACUUACUGAGGGCCAGGAGUACAAAAUUCAAGUUUGUGCAUUGAACAAAAUGGGAGUUGGUGAACCAGUUGUUCUUUCUGGAACAGCGAAACCAGAGGAAAGGACAGAUCCACCACAAAUCCAUCUUGAUUCUGAGCUGAGAAAAGGCGUCACAAUAAAAGCUGGUGGAUCUGUAAGAAUUUAUGUUCCUUUUAAGGGAAGGCCAAUACCAGAAAUUAAAUGGACAAAGGAUGAUGGAGAUCUUUCUGAGAAGGCUGUGGUUGAGAAAGCAGUGAAUUUCACGCAACUCUCUAUUGACUGUUGUGACAGACAUGACUCAGGAAAAUACACCUUAAGCUUAACCAAUAGCAGUGGCUGUGUCUCUGAAUUUGUUUCUGUAAAAGUGCUGGACACACCUGGGUCCCCACAGAACCUUGUUGUUAAAGAUAUCAGAAAGGAUUCUGUUACUCUUGUAUGGGACGCACCAGUGAUUGAUGGAGGUUCAAAAAUCAAGAAUUAUGUCAUUGAUAAGCGUGAAUCGACCAGGAAAGCAUAUGCAAAUGUUUCAACAAAAUGCACCAAGACAACAUUUAAGGUUGAAAAUUUAAUUGAAGGAGCUAUGUACUACUUCAGAGUCAUGGCUGAGAAUGAAUAUGGAAUAGGUCAGGCUGUAGAAACAAAAACUGCUUCAAAGGCGUCUGAAGUACCACUCCCUGUUGGAAAAGUUUUCCUUACAGAUGUCACCAAAAACAGUGCCACUCUGGCCUGGGAGAAACCUGAACAUGAUGGUGGCAGCAGGAUUGGUGGCUACCUCAUUGAGAUGCAGCCUAAAGGCACAGAUAAGUGGGGAGUUGCAGCAAACCCAAAGACUUGUGAGGGAACUGUUGUAGGCCUAACGGCAGGAACAGAAUACUUGUUCAGGAUCAUUGCAUACAAUGAGAAAGGAAAGAGUGAGCCAAAGGCACUUGCUGCUCCAGUGAUUGCAAAUGACAUGACCAUAGAACCAAGCAUCAAGAUGCAAUUUAAUACUUACAGUGUGUUAGCUGGAAAAGAUCUUAAACUGGAGUUCCCUGUACUCGGCAGGCCCAAACCAAAAGUCAGCUGGACAAAGGAUGGCCAGGCUUUAAAAGUGACAUCAAGAGUUAAUGUUUUUAACACUCCAUUAACAACCGGAAUUCAGAUUACGGAGGCCUGCAAAGAUGACUUUGGCAAAUAUUCUCUUACUGCAACAAGCACUGUCAGCACCAUCACAGAAGAUAUAACUAUUAUUAUCCUGGACAAGCCUGGUCCACCAAAGGGUCCAGUCAAAGUGGUGGAAGUGAGCAACACUUUUGUCCAUCUGUCAUGGGAGCCCCCAGUUUACACUGGUGGUUGUCAAGUUAAGAACUAUAUUGUGGAAAAGAGAGAUACCACCACCCAAACCUGGCAGACAGUUGUUACACAGCUAGCCAGAACAGCUUUCAAGGUAACAAAGUUAAAGACUGGUGCCGAAUAUCAGUUUAGAAUCAUAGCUGAAAACAGAUAUGGAAAGAGUGCGGCACUUGACUCCAAGGCUAUUGUAGUACAGUAUCCUUACAAACCCCCAGGGCCUCCUGGAACACCACGUGUUAAAUCUGCAACUAAGGAAAUGAUGAUCAUUGAAUGGAAUGAGCCAGUCACUGAUGGUGGAAGUGCAAUUAUUGGUUACCAUCUAGAAAGUAAAGAGAGAAGUAGUAUCCUCUGGAACAAGCUAAACAAGACUCGUAUUACAGAUACUCAGUUCAAGACCUGCAAUCUUGAGGAGGGGAUUGGUUAUGAAUUCAGAGUGUAUGCUGAAAAUAUUGUUGGUAUUGGCCGCUGCAGUAAGGUCUCAGAGUCCUUUGUUGCCCGUGAUCCAUGUGAUCCUCCUGGUGCUCCAGAAGCUGUAUCUAUUAGUAAAAAUCAAAUAAAAAUUCAGUGGACCAAACCUCAGUAUGAUGGUGGUAGUAAAGUUAAUGGAUACAUUGUAGAGUUUAAAGAUCUCUCUUCACCUGAGGAUCGCUGGAUAAGAUCCAACUUUACUAACAUAAUUGAGACUGAGUAUACAGUUACUGGUCUGACAGAGAAUGCGCAGUAUGAAUUCAGAGUUAUUGCAAGGAAUGCUGCCGGAGUCUUCAGUGAACCAUCAGACAGCUCUGGACCUAUAACUGUAACUGAUGAAAUUGAAGCACCAAGGGCCUCAAUGGACCCCAAAUACAAGGAUAUAAUUGUUGUUAAUGCUGGGGAGACUUUGAUUUUUGAUGCAGACAUUUAUGGCUCUCCACAACCUGAGGUCGUCUGGCUUAAAGAGGGCAAAGAAAUGGAGAAAGCUAGGCGCAUUGAAGUUAAAACUACACAGAAACGUUCGGCUAUGACCAUAAAGGAUGUUACUAAACUGGAUAGUGGUCAUUAUGACCUUGUUCUCAAAAAUCUUGGUGGUACAAAAACCUUCCCCAUCACUGUUAAAGUCCUUGACAAACCAGGACCACCCUUUGGACCCAUUAAAGUGACUGGAGUCAUGGCUGACAGAUGCAUUCUGUCCUGGUCUGAACCAGCUCUGGAUGGUGGAGCUAGUAUCAGCCACUAUGUUUUGGAGAAGAGAGAAACGAGCAGGUUGUCCUGGACCAUAGCUGCACAAAAUGUAAAAAGCCUGUACCAUAAAGUCACAAAUUUACUUCCAGGAAAUGAGUACAUUUUCAGAGUAAGGGCAGUCAACAAAUUUGGUGCUGGUGAUUAUCUUCAGAGUGAACCUAUUAUUGCACGCAAUCCAUACAAACCACCAAGUGCUCCUGGAACCCCCGAAGCAAGUCAAAUCACAAGGGACUCCAUGGUUCUAUCUUGGACAGCUCCAGAAAACAAUGGUGGAGUUGACAUUCAAGGCUAUCACCUUGAAAAACGUGACAAAGAUAGUGUGAGAUGGACAAAAUGCAACAGGCAAAUUUUGAAAGACACACACUUCAAGGUCACUGGUCUUAUGCCCGAUCACUUUUAUGAGUUCCGCGUUGCUGCUGAGAAUGAGACUGGAAUAGGGGACCUGAGCGAACUGUCCCUUUUCUAUAGAGCAUGUGAUGCCACAACACCGCCUGGACCUCCACGCCACCCAAAAGUGACAGAUUACACAAAGUCUUCUGUGUGUCUUUCCUGGGGAAAACCUGACUUUGACGGUGGAGCAUACAUCAAGGGAUACAUUGUUGAAAUGAGAGAGUAUACACCACAACCUGAAUUAACUGAGGAAGCAGAAGUUGCACCAGCAAUAGAGGCACCCGUUGAAAAAGAAUGGACCAUGUGUACGCCACCUACAGGUAUACAAGUCACUAAAAUCACCAUCACAGAUCUUAAGGAGGGUGGAGAAUAUCAGUUCCGUGUCUGUGCCAUCAACUCAGAAGGAGUUGGGGAGGCAGCUAAUGUUUAUGGCACAGUUGUAACCUCUGACAGAGCAGAUGCACCAGAGAUGGAGUUGGAUGCUGACCUAAGAAAGGUGGUGUCUGUCCGGGCUGGUGGAACACUACGUUUGUUUGUACCCAUUAGAGGGAGACCUAACCCAUCUGUGAAAUGGGAGAAACUUGAGAGUACUCUAACAGACCGUGCUGCAAUCGAUACUACUUCUUCAUACACCAUGCUUGUAAUUGACAAUGUAAACCGCUUUGACAGUGGGAAAUAUUCGUUAACAUUGGAGAACACCAGUGGCACAAAAUCGGCUGUCAUUUCAGUACGAGUGCUUGACACACCAAGUGCACCACAAAAUUUUGCUGUUAAGGAGCUCAAGAAGGAUUCAGUCACUCUGGCCUGGGAUACACCAGUUAACGAUGGCGGUGCAAAAAUUACAAAUUACAUUGUGGAAAAGAGGGAGUCAGUGAGGAAGGCCUACACAACUGUGACUAGCAACUGCAUUGCAAACUCAUUCAAAAUUGAAGACCUGCCUGAGGGCGGAAAAUUCUACUUCAGAGUCUGUGCCGUCAAUGCGUAUGGUCAGGGGCAGACAGUUGAAACCAAAGAGAUCAAAGUAUCUGAAGUGCCUCAACCACCAAACAAGAUCUCUCUUGUGGAUGUAACAAAGACCAGUGUAUCCCUUGCCUGGGAGAAACCUACUCAUGAUGGUGGAAGCAAAGUCAUGUGCUACAAUGUAGAAUUCAAACCUAAGCAUGGUGACAAAUGGGGCACAGCAUGCACAGUCAAAGUACCAGAAGCAACUAUUCCAAAUCUGAAUCCCAAUGAAGCAUAUCUGUUCAGAGUUGUUGCAAUCAAUGAGAUGGGAAAAAGUGAGCCAAAGGAUCUUGGACUGCCUGUGGUUGCAAAAGAUAUUGCAAUAGAACCAUCAGUACAUUUAUUGUUUACAACAUAUAGUGUCAAGGCUGGGGAUGAUCUCACACUUGAAGUUCCCAUAAGAGGCAGGCCAAAGCCUGUUGUAUCAUGGAAGAAGGAUACCCUUCCAUUGAAGCAAACUUCAUCAGUAACAAUCAUUAAUACAGCAACCUCAUCUAAAAUCAUUUUUAAAGGAGCUAACAAAGAACAUGUUGGAAAAUAUGAAAUCACCUUGGCCAACACUGCUGGAACUGUAACAGCUAGUAUUGGAGUUGUUGUCCUAGACAAGCCAGGUCGACCUAAAGGUAUUAAGGUUGAUGCCGUUACUUCAGAUAGUAUUACACUAUCCUGGUCCCCACCAGAAUAUGAUGGUGGUUGCUCCAUCAGCAACUAUAUUGUUGAGAAGAGAGAUACAAACACACAAGAGUGGCAAAUGGUAGCAAGUAAUGUGGCUAGAACAUCAUUCAAAGCUGGUCGCCUAACGCAAGGGGCAGAGUAUCAAUUCCGCAUCUAUGCAGUUAACCGUUAUGGAAAGAGCAGCUCUCUUGAUUCUCCUGGAAUUACUGCUCAAUAUAACUUCAAACAGCCUGGACCUCCUUCAACGCCUAUUGUAAAACUGGCUACCAAGUCAUACAUGUUGGUGACCUGGAAUGAGCCAGUCACUGAUGGGGGAAGUCCUGUUCUAGGCUAUCAUUUGGAGAGGAAGGAACGUUCAAGCAUUCUUUGGACAAAGAUGAACAGAGGAAUGAUCAAAGACACAGAAUACAAAGUCAAUGGUAUUGAAGAGGGAAUGCUCUAUGAAUACCGUGUAUAUGCAGAAAAUAUUGCUGGUAUUGGUAAAUGCAGCAAGGCCUGUGAGGCUGUUGCAGCGAGAGAUCCCUGUGAUCCUCCAGGCACACCCGUGGUUACUGCUAUUACAAGAACAUCUGUAUCUUUGUCUUGGGAAAAACCAGAGUAUGAUGGCGGCUCAAAGGUUUCCGGAUACAUUAUUGAACGAAGGGACCUCCCUGAAGGUAGAUGGACAAGGUGUAACUUCACCAAUGUGCCAGAGACCCACUACAAUGCUACCGGCCUCACAGAAAACAGCCAAUAUGAUUUCCGUGUCAUUGCUAAGAAUGCAGCUGGACAGUUCAGUAUGCCAUCAUACAACACAGGCCCUAUUACUGUUAAAGAUGACGUAGAUCCACCACGCAUCAUGAUGGAUGUCAAGUUUAGAGAGACUGUGUUUGUGAAGGCGGGAGAAACUCUAAAGAUCAAUGCUGACCUUGCUGGACGUCCUGCCCCUGUCGUCUGCUGGACAAAAGAUGGCAAAGAGAUUGAGUUAAGAGCAAGGAUUCAGAUUGUUACCACAGAUACAAGCACUUCUGUCGUUGUAAAGGACUGUAUCAGGAGAGAUUCUGGACAGUAUUUGCUAACUCUACAGAACAUUGGUGGAAUAGUCACUAUGCCAAUAAACUGUGUGAUAAUUGAUAAACCAGCUCCCCCUGCAGGCCCUCUUCAGAUCACUGGUCUUACAGCUGAGGAGUGCACUUUGUCAUGGGGUCCUUCUCAAGAAACUGGUGGUGCUAAUAUCACACAUUAUGUUGUUGAGAAGCGUGAGACCAGUCGUUUGGCAUGGACAUUAGUUAAGGGUGAUGUCACAAAAACCUACUUUAAGGUCACAGGUCUACUUAAGGGCAAUGAAUAUAUCUUUAGAGUUCUAGCGGUUAACAAGCAUGGAGUUGGCGAGGCUCUUGAAAGUGAGGCUAUAAAAAUAACUGAUCCAUACACAAUUCCAGCUGCCCCAGUUGGUGUUGAUGUGACCUACAUAACAGGAGAUUCAAUGACCCUCACCUGGUGUAAGCCAGCCAGUGAUGGAGGCAGUCCCAUCAUUGGAUAUGUAGUUGAGCGGCGUGAGAAGACUGGCAUGCGAUGGGUCCGUGUGAACAGAGCUCUAGUUGAGGAGGUUACCUUGGUGGUGACAAAACUUCGCAAGGGUUGUGAGUAUGACUUCAGAGUCUAUGCUGAAAAUGCAGCUGGCCUGAGUCCUGCCAGUGAUCCAUCUGCAACCUUCAGAGCACUAGAUCCUCUGGUUGUUCCCUCUCGUCCAACCAAACCAAAGAUUAUAGAUUCAACCAAAGACACUGUCUCUAUCCUUUGGAAACCACCAACAAAUGAUGGUGGUACAGCCAUCUUAGGAUAUAGUGUGGAAUACAGAGAAUUUAUUCCUAAACCAGAGCCAGAAGAUGAGGAGGAAGAUGAAGAGGAAUAUGAGGAGGAAGAGGCACCUGAAUCGCCUGAAGAACUAGCCAGAUGGGUUGAGGCAAUUCCUCUUACCAAAAGCUUGGAAUUCACAGUCACGGGACUAAAGACAGAUGUAGAGUAUGAAUUCUGUGUAAAGGCAAUUAAUAAAAUUGGAAGCAGUGUGCGAAGCCCUUAUUCAGAUCCAGCUGCAGCAGCAGAUAGAACGUCAGAACCGUCUUUCGAUGCUGAUAUUGAGAUGCGUAAGGUUCUUGUAGUAAAACACGGAACAUCUUUUACCCUUAAUGUGCCAUUCAAGGGGAAACCAGCACCAUUGGUUGAAUGGAGCAGAGAAGGUGUAGAUCUAACAGCAAGAGGAAUGAUUGAAUCAACAGAAUCCAGCACAUCACUGACUAUUGAGAAGUCAACUAGGAAUGACUCUGGAGAGUACUGUGUCACUAUUGAAUCACCACUGGGUAAAGCAACUUUGCCAAUGGUGGUAAAAGUGCUCGACUCCCCUGGACCCCCAGUCAAUGUUAAAGUUUCAUCCGUAACCAGGGAUUCUGCAACACUGAUGUGGGAGGCUCCAGAAAACGAUGGUGGUGAUGCAGUAAAAGCCUACCAUGUUGAGAAACGUGAGGCAAGUAAGAAGGCCUGGGUGACUGUAACCAGCAACUGUCAUGCUUUGACCUACAAGGUGGAAGACUUGCAGGAGGGAGCUGUCUAUUACUUCAGAGUUAUAGCAGAAAAUGAAAAUGGAGUGGGUGUACCUCAAGAGGCCAAGGGAGGAACAAAGAUUACAGAGGUACCAAGUCCACCCAUGAAACUUGGAGUUGCAAAUGUUACCAAAGACAGUGUUACACUUGCCUGGACAAGACCAGAAUAUGAUGGUGGAAGCAGAAUCACUGGUUACCUGAUCGAUGCCGUGGAAAAGGGUCAGACCAAGUGGGUGAAGUGUGCAACUGUAAGGAACCUGACUCAUACCAUUAAGAAUCUGAGGGAAGGAGCUGAGUACUUCUUCAGAGUUCGUGCUGAAAACCAUGCUGGACUCAGUGAACCUAAGGAGAUGAUUGUUCCAGUUAUCGUCAAGGAAAUACAGGAGGCUCCAGAGUUUGACUUGAAGAACUAUCCCAAGAAUACAGUUUAUGUAAAAGCGGGAUCUGACCUGACUUUUGAGAUUCCUCUCACUGGCAAGCCCCUGCCAAAGGUGACAGUGUCCAAAAAUAAUGUUCUCAUCAAAGGAUCCAAGAGACUUCUGACUGAAGUAACUCCUGACAGCCUAAUUGUAUCUCUAAAAGAAAGCGUUUCAAGUGACGCAGGCAAAUAUGAAAUCACAGCCUCAAAUGCAGGAGGUACAACCAAGAUCUCGCUUAUUUUCAUCGUUCUGGACAGACCUGGACCUCCAGUUGGUCCAGUUCAGAUAGGAGAGGUCGGAGAGACCUCUGUUUGUCUAAAGUGGGAUUCUCCAGAAUAUGAUGGUGGCAGUCCUGUUACCAACUACAUUGUUCUAAAGCGUGAAACAAGUACUCCUGCUUGGGUAGAGGUGUCAACUAGCAUUGCUAGAAGUGCCAUCAAGGUGACUAAGCUAACCAAGGGAGAAGAGUAUCAGUUCAGAAUCAAGGCUGAGAAUCGCUAUGGUGUGAGCAGCCACAUAGACACUAAACCAGUCAUGAUCAAGCUGCCUUACGUAAUCCCGGGUCCUCCGUCCACCCCGUGGGUUAGCUUUGUUUCCAGAGAGAGUCUGACUGUGUGCUGGAAUGAGCCAGUCAGUGAUGGCGGAAGCCCUGUAAUUGGGUAUCACCUCCAGAUGAAAGAGAGAAGCAGCAUCCUAUGGCAGAAGGUUAAUAAAACCGCCAUACCAAUAAACCAGUGGCGGGUUACAAAUAUCUGUCCGGGUCUCAUCUACGAAUUCAAGGUAGCAGCUGAAAAUGCUGCUGGUAUUGGAAAGAUGAGCAAGACAUCUGAAGAAGUGCUUGCUAUUGAUGCCUGUGAGCCCCCAGCAAAUGUUCGUGUCACAGAAGUCACGAAGAGCUCUGUCACCCUUGCUUGGCAACGCCCACCAUAUGAUGGAGGAAGCAAGAUUACUGGCUAUAGUGUGGAGAGGAGGGAAGCCCCUAAUGGCAGAUGGGUGAAGGCCAACUUUACAAACAUCAUUGAGCUUGGCUUCACUGUAUAUGGACUUAAUCAAGAUGAAUCUUAUGAGUUCAGGGUAUAUGCCAAAAAUGCUGUUGGGUCUGUCAGUAACCCAUCUCUUAUUGCUGGCCCAGUCACCUGUGUUGAUGCAUGUGGUGCCCCAGCAAUUGAUCUUCCUCCUGAGUACCUUGACGUGGUCCAGUAUAAAGCCGGAGUGUCAGUAAAACUAAGCGUAGGAAUUAUUGCGAAGCCUCUGCCAACUAUUGAGUGGCUCAAGGAUGGAAAGGAGCUGGUAACCUCUUCUAAUGUGUCUGUUGAAAGUACAACAGACUCUUCUGCUGUUCUGAUUAAGGAUGCCACUCGCUUUGACACUGGCUCAUAUGAGAUUAAGAUAAAAAAUUCUCUGGGAUCUGCCUCUUCUACAAUCAGGAUUGAAAUACUUGACAAACCUGGACCCCCAGCUGGCCUGAUUAAUUUCAACUCAAUAACAGCAGAUCGGAUAAUCUUCAGCUGGGAGCCUGUUCCAGAGUCUGACCAGGGAGGUUCCAAAGUUACCCACUAUGUUGUCGAGAGGCGGGAGACCAGCAGAGUGGUUUGGUCAACCGUUUCAGAGAGACAUGAGAAAACACACAUUGUAGUUUCAAAGCUGGUGCGUGGAAAUGAAUAUGUCUUCCGAGUAAUGGGAGUUAACAAGUUUGGAGUUGGAGAGCCACUUGAGUCUGACCCUGUCAUUGCUAAGAAUGCCUUUGUAACUCCUGGUCAACCCCGGACUCCAGAAGUGAACACUACUACCAAGUCCACCAUGUUAGUAGAAUGGGACAAACCGGGAGUGGAUGGUGGCAGCCCUGUGACUGGCUACUACUUAGAGAGACGUGAUAAAAAGAGCUCACGCUGGAUUAGAGUGUAUAAAGAUCCCAUCACUGACACCAAACAGAUGGUGUACCACCUGACAGAAGGAAAUGAGUACCAGUAUCGUGUAUGUGCAAUUAACAAAGCUGGUGAGGGGCCGUUUUCUGAGGUAUCGGACUACUAUAAGGCUGCUGACCCAGUUGAUCCACCAGAUGAGCCCUGCAAGCUAAAGGUUGUGGACUCCACAAAGACAUCAAUCACCCUGGGUUGGUCAAAACCAGAAUGGGAUGGAGGUAGUGAGGUUACCAGCUAUAUGCUGGAGAAGCUUGUUGAAGGCGAAGAAGACUGGGCAAUGAUUACUUCCAAGGGCGAGGUUAAGACUACAGAGUACACAGUUCAUGAUCUAAAACCAGAUACAAACUACUUUUUCAGAGUUUCUGCUUUGAACUGUGCUGGCCGAGGAGAACCUUUAGAGAUGACUGAGCCUGUGCAGGCCAAAGAUAUUUUGGAGGAAGCCCAGAUUGACUCAGAUGUUGCCAUGAGAACUCACUACAUUCUGAAGGCAGGAAAAGACGUUGAGCUGACUGUUCCACUGAAGGGCAGACCUGCUCCCAUGGCUUCUUGGAGCAAAGGGGAAGAAUGCAUAGAUCAUAAUCCCAAAUAUGAGUUCCACCACUCAGACACAACAACAGUGCUCAUCAUGCGUGAAGUGACCCGACUUGACACUGGAAAGUACACAGUCAAGAUAGAGAAUGGUGUUGGAGAACCUAAAAUGCUGACUCUGUCUGUGAAGGUACAGGACACCCCAGCUCAGUGCAGGAACCUGGCCAUCAAGGAAGUUACCCGUGGAAAGGUCACACUCUGUUGGGAUCCUCCACUUCUUGAUGGUGGAGCUGAGAUAACAAAUUACAUUGUUGAGAAGAGGGACUCCUCUAAGAGAUCUUACUCUGCAGUAACAAACAAAUGCGUAGACACUACAUACACUAUUGAAGACCUGUCAGAAAAAACAUCCUUCUCCUUCCGUGUCUUAGCAGAGAAUGAGAAUGGUAUUGGUGAUCCAUGUGAAACACAUGAGUCUGUCAAGGCUACAGAAACUCCAGGACCAGUCAAAGAAAUAUCUAUGAAAGAUUCAUCUAAGACUUCUGUGACACUCCAGUGGCUUAAGCCUGAUUACGAUGGAGGCAGCAUCAUCUCUGACUACAUCAUUGAGAAGAAGCUGAAGGACGAGGAGUGGUCAUUGGGAGGAGUCAGCAGACAGUGUGAAUUUGAGGUCAAGAAACUCAAGGAGCACUCAGAUGUGUACUUCAGAGUUGCAGCCAGAAAUGAGAAAGGGCAGGGUGACUUUGUUGAGCAUGGCCCUAUUAAGGUCAUUGACUACAUUAUCACUCCUGAGGCAGACCUUAGAGAGUACCCAGGUGGUAGACUUAACAUCCGUCUUGGUCAUAAUGUACAUAUUGAGUUACCAUACAAAGGCAAGCCAAGACCUGCUGUUCAGUGGUUAAAAGACAGCCUGCCUCUGAAAGAGAGUGACCAAAUUCGCUUCAAGACAACUCAAAGCAAGGCAACUCUAAUGAUUAAGAAUGUGAAGAAGGAGAAUGGGGGUAAAUACACUCUGAGUCUUGACAACAAGGUCAACAGGAAGUCCUUCCAUAUCUUUGUCAAUACUCUUGGACCACCAUCAAAGCCUGUAGGACCCAUCCGCCUGGAUGAAGUCAGAGCUGACAAUAUCAUGAUAUCCUGGGAUGAACCAAAUGAUGACGGUGGAGGAGAAAUUACCUGCUACACAGUGGAGAAACGUGAUGCCACCCAGUCCAACUGGAAGAUGGCUUGCUCCCGUGUCGAAGACACACAAUUCCGGGUCCCUAAUUUGAUCAAGGGCGUUCAAUACCAGUUUAGAGUAUGUGCUGAAAAUCGAUAUGGUGUCAGUGAGCCUCUAAUCUCACAAAUGGUUAUUGCCAAGCACCAGUUCAGGCCCCCAGGCCCACCAGGAAAACCAGUUGUUUACAAUGUGACUAACGAUGGCAUGACGAUCCAGUGGGAGAAACCUAUAUAUGAUGGUGGAACCCCCAUCCAGGGAUACCAUGUGGAGAAAAAGGAAAAGAACAGCAUCAUGUGGCAAAAGGUGAACACAGUCCUGAUCAAAGAAUUGGACUACAGGAUUCUGGAGCUCAUUGAAGGUCUUGAGUACUCUUUUAGAGUUUACGCUCAGAAUGAUGCUGGCUUCAGCCGAAUGAGUGAUGAAAGCAAGCCAACAAUGGCUGUGAGCUCUGUUGACCCCCCUGGCCAGCCUGAUUACACUGAUGUGACCAGUGAUUCAGUCACAUUAAAAUGGGAUGCACCAAAACGUGAUGGCGGUAGCAAGAUUACAAGCUACAGCAUCGAGAAGCGUCAAGGACAUGGUCGCUGGUUCAAAGCCAAUCUGACUGAAGUACAUGACUGUCAGUACACUGUCCCUGGACUGACGACAAAUGAACGUUACGAGUUUAGAGUCAUCGCCAGAAAUGCUAUUGGUGUUGUCAGUCCCCCAUCCAACUCCUCUGGCUUUAUUGCUGUACGAAGUGAAAAUGCUGCUCCAAAUAUUGAGUUUGGCCCGGAGUACUUCGAGGGUUUGACAGUUAAGGCUGGAGAUAACAUUCGAGUAAAAGUGACCGUCACUGGACGCCCAGUUCCUAAAGUUGUCUGGUACAGAGAUGAUGUGGAGAUUACCAAAAAGCUGAUGGACAUUAUUAAUGUUCCCGGAUCCAGCACCCUGUUUGUCCGAGAUGCUGACCGCUCACAUCGUGGCCUCUAUACUGUAGAAGCUACCAAUGGAUCUGGAACCAAAAAGGAGAGCAUUAUAAUCCAAGUCCAGGACACACCAGGGGAGCCGGUAGGACCGAUCACAUUCACAAAUAUUUCAGAGGGCAAGUGCACUCUGUCUUGGAACCCACCAGAGAAUGAUGGCUGCUCUGAGAUUUCACAUUACAUCAUUGAGAAACGGGAGACAGCCAAGAUAUCUUGGGCUUUGGUGUCUGAUGAAUGCAAGGAGUGUACAUUUAAUGCAACCAAACUCAUCAAGUCCAAUGAGUACCAGUUCAGAGUGUCUGCAGUUAACAAGUUUGGUGUUGGCAGGCCUUUGGAAUCCAGUCCCAUCAUUGCACAGUUGCAAUACACAACUCCUGAUGCGCCAGGAACCCCUGAUGCCACUGAGGUGACAGGGGAGAGUAUUACACUGUCUUGGAUCCCGCCAACGUCUGAUGGAGGCAACCCUAUCCAGCACUACAUUCUAGAGAAACGAGAAAAGAAAACUACUCGGUUCUAUAAAGUUAUUACCAAAAAGCCAAUUAUCGAAUGUGCUCACAAGGUGCUUAACCUAGCAGAAGAUGUGGAAUAUGAGUUCAGAGUCAUGGCUGUUAAUGAUGCCGGUGUUGGGGCUCCAAGCAACAUCUCUUUACCAAUCAGGGCUUCUGAGCCUAGAGAUAUCCCAUGUGCUCCAUCGGUGGUUUGUGUGUCAGAUUCUACCAAUACCUCCAUUAGUUUGGAAUGGACAAAACCAGUUGAUGAUGGAGGCAUGGAUAUCCUUGGCUACAUCAUCGAAAUGGUGAAGGGAGAAGAAACUGAGUGGAAGAGGAUAAAUGAGGAACUUGUGUCUGAAACUAACUAUGUGGUGACAGGUCUGCAGACAGGAGCUGAGUACAAGUUCCGUGUUGCAGCUGUUAAUCAUAUAGGCAGAGGUGAAGACAAGGAACUUCCAGAACCUGCCCAGGCUGUUGAGAGGUUAACGGCUCCACAGGUGGACAUUGAUGCCACAUUUAAACAAACACACAUUGUCAAGGCUGGAGGCUCGGUAUGUUUGGGCAUUCACUUCAGAGGAAAGCCCAUCCCUGCUGCUACCUGGGUGAAAGAGGAAGGAGAUUUGAGCGGGAUGUCAGAGAUAACUACUACUGAUGGCUACAGCUCUUUAAGUAUUGAAAAAUGCUCUAGAUAUGACACAGGCAAAUACACAGUUAACCUGGAGAAUUCCAGCGGUAGUAAGGCUGUUACCUUUGUAGUAAAGGUAUUGGAUACACCUGGGCCUCCACAGAAUGUAGCUUUCAAGGAGGUCUCCAGAGGCACCGUCACACUUGUUUGGCAGCCACCUGUCAGUGAUGGAGGUGCUCGUAUUCAUCACUAUAUUGUUGAGAGGCGUGAGGCUAGUCGACGCACAUGGCAGCAGUCUGGUGAUAAAUGCACACAGGGUAUCCUCAAGAUCCAGGACCUGCUCGAGGGUGUGCCUUACUUCUUCAGAGUCUCAGCUGAAAAUCAACAUGGUCUGGGGGAGGCCUUUGAGCUCACUGAACCGGUUAUUGCUACAGCAGAGCCAUCAUCUCCAAAGAGGCUGGAUGUCCUUGAUACCACGGAUACCUCUGUGUCACUAGGCUGGUUGAAGCCAGACCACGAUGGUGGCAGCCGCAUUCAGUGUUACGUCAUAGAAGCUAGACCAAAAGGUGGAGACAAAUGGGUAGUGGUCGGAAGCACCAAGAAUCUUACCUAUGUUAUUGAAAAGCUUAACAAGGGUGAUGAGUAUGACUUCCUUGUAAAGGCUAAAAACGAGGCUGGCUACAGCAAACCAAAGAAAACUCUAGCACCUGUGCUGGUCAAAGAGCCUCAUAUUGAGCCUGCUGCUGACCUGAGUGAGAUACCCAACCAACUUGUCACAUGCAGAUCUGGUAGCACCUUCACCAUUGAUGUUCCUAUUAGUGGCAGACCUGCUCCUAAAGUCUCAUGGAGGUUGGAGGAAAUGAGACUGAAGAACUCUGACAGAGUCACCAUCAAGGUAACAAAGGACAGAGCCAGCAUCUCAGUCAAGGAGGCCAUGAGAGGAGAUGGAGGCAAAUACUACCUCACUCUUGAAAAUGUAACAGCAACGAAGACAUUUACAGUUGAAGUUAACGUCACUGGCAGACCAAGUCCUCCAACUGGACCAAUUGAAAUCUCUUCCAUCACCUCUGAGUCCUGUGUUGUUAACUGGCAACCACCUGAGGAUGAUGGUGGCACUGACAUUACCAACUACAUCGUAGAGAAGCGUGAAUCUGGCUCCACAGCUUGGCAGCUGAUCAACUCCAGUGUGAAGCGAACAUCUCUUCACGUUAGUCACCUAACCAAAUAUAUGCAAUACACAUUCAGGGUCUCAGCUGAGAACAGAUUUGGGGUGAGCAAGCCCACAGAAUCCGAGACGAUUGUUGCAGAACAUCCUUUCUCACCUUCAGGCCCACCAACCAAACCUUCAGUCUUUAACGUCACAGCAAACACAAUGACCCUGAAAUGGGAGGAACCCUACCACGAUGGUGGAAGCAAAGUGACAGGCUAUUGGAUUGAAAAGAAGGAGAGGAACAAUAUAUUAUGGGUUAGAGAGAAUAAUAUCCCAUGCUUUGAAUGCUACUACAAGGUAGAAGGUCUGGUUGAAGGCCUGGAAUACCAGUUCAGGGUUUAUGCCAUGAACAGUGCUGGGCUCAGUAAAGCCAGUGAGGCCUCUAAGGGAGCAGUUGCUCAAAACCCAGUUGAUCCUCCAAGUAAACCAGAAGUCACCAAUGUCACAAGAAGCACUGUCUCCUUGAAAUGGUCAUCUCCUUUGAAUGAUGGUGGCAGUCCUAUUGUUGGCUACAUUAUUGAAAGAAAGCCAUACACUUUGACGGGUGAGGGCCGCUGGCUCAAGUGCAACUACACUAACGUGACGGAUAAUUUCUACACCGUCACUGCCCUGGGAGAAGGAGAGGCCUAUGAAUUUAGGGUGAUUGCAAAAAAUGCCAACCAAGUAUUCAGUACACCGUCGGAAUCCACAGGUUCAGUGCAGUGCAAGACUGAUUUUGAGCCUCCUAAAGCACAUUUGGACAGCAAGCUGCUCUCUGAAACUGUAAUGGUCAGAGCCGGCUCAGACCUGGUUCUGGAUGCUGCAGUCGGGGGUAGACCUGAUCCUAAGGCUUUCUGGUCCAAAGGCAACAGGGAAUUGGAGAUGUGUGAGAAAUAUCACCUGCAGUACACACCCACUAGAGCUAUGGCAAUUAUCAAAUUCUGUGACAGAGAUGAUACUGGAAAAUACAUCCUGACUGCCAGAAAUGUGAGUGGAACCAAGACUGCAGAGGUCAAUGUCAAAGUGCUUGACACACCUGGAGUAUGUGAAGGCAGCAUUGAGAUCAGCAAGAUAACAGAGGAGUCAUGCACAUUGAGCUGGAAGCCUCCUCUUGAGGAUGGUGGGGAUAACAUCACACACUACAUCGUAGAGAGGCGUGACACCAACAGGUUGAACUGGGUGAUCUUGAAUCCUGAGUGCAAGGACCUGACAUGCAACAUCACCCGUCUGUUCAAGAACACAGAGUACUUGUUCAGAGUUCGGGGGGUCAACAAGUAUGGUGCGGGGGUUUACCUCCAGUCAGAGCCAAUGGUGGCCAGAAACACAUUCACUGUGCCCACUCCUCCUGGGGCCCCAGAGAUCCUUGUAUCAGGGAAGGACUUUGCCACAAUUGAGUGGCUAAAACCAGAAAGUGAUGGUGGCAGCCCGAUAACUCAUUAUCUGGUGGAAAGACGUGAGAGGAAGAGUGCCCGCUGGGUAAAGGUGAACAGGGAUGGUGCUCACCUGGACACCAUGCUAAAGGUGGCCGGUUUGACUGAAGGCAACAUCUACCAGUUCAGGGUAACGGCUAUCAAUAAAGCUGGAGAGAGUGAGCCCAGCGAGGUUUCUCUUUACGUCGUCUGCAGAGUUCCAACAAGUACCCCUGCUCCGCCUUCCAUUCCUCGAAUCACUGACACGCAUGCUGACAGCAUCAGCCUGGCAUGGUCUAGACCUGUAGAGGAUGGAGGCGCUGAUGUGAUUGGCUACAUUCUAGAGAUGCAAGAAGCUGGGGCAGAGGACUGGAAAAAGGCCCAUGAGAAGACCCUGCAUGCUACAGAGCAUGUGGUAACCGGACUUUCUUCAGGAAAGAAGUACUCUUUCAGAGUGGCUGGAAUCAACAUUAAUGGAACAGGAGACUUCAGUGAACCAUGUGCUGAGACUGAGCCUGUGGAACGAAUUGAACCUCCUGAUUUUGAGCUCCACGACGACCUCAAAAAGACAAUCUGCCUGCGUGCCGGUGGCUCUCUUCGUCUAUUUGUGAACAUAACAGGUCGUCCUGCCCCAGCUGUAACAUGGAGCAAACCUGGUGUUGACCUCCAUAACAGAGGCUUCAUCGAAGUCACCAGAAAAUCAACCACUCUCAUCAUUGACAAGGUGCACCGCUAUGAUGCUGGGAAGUACACACUGGUAGCUGAGAAUUCUGCUGGAAAACAGGAAGUCAGUAUUCUUGUCAAGGUUUAUGAUACACCUGGACCAACUGGGCCAAUCAAGAUCAAUGAGCUCACAAAAGACUCCACCAUCAUCUCCUGGGAGGCCCCAUCUGUUGAUGGUGGUGCUCCUGUUAAUAACUAUAUCAUCGAGAGGCGUGAAGCCUCCAUGAGAGCCUACAAAACAGUAACCUCCAAGUGCAGUAAGACCUCCUAUAAGAUUGAUAACCUCAUGGAGGGCAUGCUUUACUACUUCCGCGUCCUCCCAGAAAACAUAUAUGGAAUCGGUGAGCCCUGUGAGACUCCAGACGUCAUCCUGGUCUGUGAAGUUCCUCUUCCACCGCAUAAAUUCGAGGUGAUAGACGUCACUAAGAGCACAGUCACUCUGUCCUGGGAGAAGCCGGAGCACGAUGGUGGCAGCAGAUUGACUGGUUACAUGAUUGAAGCUUGCAAGUUUGGUACUGACAAAUGGAUGAAGGUGGCAACACUGAAACUAACAGACUUUGAGCACACCGUAGAGAAGUUAAAUGAGAAAGAGCAAUACCUGUUCAGGAUUAAAGCUAUCAACAGCAGAGGAGCCAGUGAGCCCCAAGAACUUGUUGCUGCGGUCACUGUCCAGGAACAAAGAGUGAUGCCUGAAGUAGAUUUGUCCAGCAUUCCCCAGAAAGUUGUCAAUGUUUUGGCGGGUAAGACGUUGGAACUGGACCUUCCAAUCAUCGGCAGGCCUCCUCCUGUCUCCUCCUGGUAUUUUGCGGACAACAAGAUAAAGAUAACAGAUCGUGUGAAGGUCAAGAGCACUGGCAAGUUCUCCAAGCUGACUGUGUCCAACACAACAAUUGAUGACAGUGGUGACUACACACUCGAAGUCAAGAAUGCUGUUGGAGUCGUCACAGAGGUCAUAAAGGUCGUCAUUCUCUCCAAACCCGAUGAACCAAAUGGACCCAUACGGUUUGAUGAGAUUGAUGCCACCACUGUCACCUGCAGCUGGGAGCCUCCAGUCAGAGAUGGUGGAGCUCCUAUCAGUGGCUAUUUAGUAGAACAGCGUGAUGCUCACAGACCAGGCUGGGUGACUGUCUCUGACUCUGUAAGCAGACCAUUGUUCAGGUUUGAGAACCUAAUUGAAGGAGAUGAGUACGUCUUCCGCGUAGCUGCCAUUAAUCGCUAUGGAACCGGGGAGUUCCUGCAGUCUGAGAUUGUCACUUGCAAGAGCUUGAAGAAUGUGCCUGGUCCUCCUGGUCGUCCAAUCACCUUUGAUGUGUCUCGUGAUGGAAUGACUGUGGCUUGGGAGCAACCAGAUGAAGAUGGUGGUCUUGAGGUUUCUGGUUACAUCAUUGAGCGCAAAGAGGUCAGGGCUGACCGGUGGGUGCGGGCAAAUAAGAACCCAGUCACUAUGACCAGGUACAGGUCCACUGGGCUGAUUGAAGGCCUGGAGUAUGAACAUAGAGUCACAGCCAUUAAUGCAAGAGGCCUGAGCAAACCUAGUCUUCCAUCUAAACCAGCAGUAGCAACAGAUCCCAUUGAUCCUCCUGGCUGUCCUCAAAACCCAAGGCUCACAGACACUACCAAGUCAUCUGUGUCGCUUGCUUGGAGCCCACCUGAUGAGGAGGGAGAUGCUAGGGUGGAUGGUUAUUUGAUUGAGAUGCAGAAGGUCGGCUCUGUCGCUUGGAUCAAGUGCAACACAACUCCAUCUCUGAUCUGCGAGUACACACUGACCAACAUGCCGCAAGGAGAGGAAUUUAAGUUCCGUGUAAUGGCUUGUAACGCUGGAGGUUCCGGAGAACCUGCAGAAGUACCAGGAACGGUUAAAGUGACUGAAAGGCUUGAAUCUCCUGACUAUGAACUGGAGUUGAAAUAUAAAGAUGUGUACAUUGUCCGUUAUGGAGGAGUGGUUAGACUCUCUGUGCCGAUAAAAGGCAAACCCCUCCCAACCUGCAAGUGGUCUAAGGAUACUGGAGCUAUCUCCACAAAGGCUAUGAUUGCCUCCAGUGAGGACUCCAGUGAAUUGGUAAUCAAGGGAGCAGAGAGGAGUGACUCUGGUCUAUACGAGCUACUGCUGGAGAACAAAGUAGGCAAGAAGAAAGCCCAAAUUAAGGUCAAGAUCAUUGGCCGCCCAAGUGCUCCAGAGGGACCAUUGGUGUUUGAAGAAAUCCAAGCCAAUUCUGUCAAGGUCUCUUGGAAGCCACCCAGCGAUGAUGGUGGCUCAGAGAUCCUUGGUUACAUUGUAGAGAGGCGUGAAGCAGCCAGGAAUGCCUGGUACACGGUGGACUCUAGGGUAACAGAGACUCAGCUGGUCGUUAAGGGUUUAAAAGAGGGAACAGAGUACCACUUCAAAGUCACUGCUGAAAACUCCUUUGGCAUCAGUGCAUCUCUUAAAUCUGAGCAACCACUGGUACCGAAGACUCCUCUCUGUCCCCCUGAGCCUUCAAGUGUCCCUCCAGAGAUCAUGGAUGUCACCAAAAGCUCAGUGGCACUGGCCUGGUCCAGACCAAAGGAUGAUGGAGGUUCUGCAAUCACUGGCUAUUUUGUGGAGUUAAAGGAGGUGUCCACUGAGACCUGGGUCCGCCAUGAGACCAAGAUCAGCUCCACCAUGUUUACGCUACAUGGACUUACCCCUGAUACAGACUAUCAAUUCCGCAUUGUAGCAGUCAACGAUAUAGGUGAAAGCGAGGCUGGAUCAGCAUCCGAUCCCGUCACCUGCAAAGAUCCAUUUGACAAACCAAGCCAACCAGGAGAGAUCGACACAGUAAAUGUGACAAACAAUUUUAUCACCAUUCGCUGGCAACCUCCAGAAUGUGACGGAGGGAAAGAAGUCCUGGGCUACUGGGUGGAAUACAGAAAGUCAAUUGAGAGUUCCUGGAAGAAGUGCAAUAAACAGAGAAUUAAGGAGCAGGAAUUUACCAUGACAGGACUGGCUGAGGCCACAGAAUACGAGUUCAGAGUCUUUGCUGAGAAUGAGACAGGAAUGAGUAGACCUCGUAGGACUGCCACAUGCAUCAAGACUAAACUGAUCUCUGAAAGUAAACCAAGCCUCAGGAAGGAAAUGGAUGAGGUCACUACCAAGCUUGGCCAGCCUGCUGUUAUGAAAUGCCAGAUUGUUGGCCGACCUGUACCUGAUAUAAAGUGGUACCAUUGUGGCAAAGAGAUCGUAGAGUCACGCAAGUACGAGAUGAGCUCUGAUGGCCGCAACCACUCCCUGUCUAUCAUGACAGACCAGCAGGAAGACGAAGGGGAAUACACCUGCAAGGCCAUUAAUGAAGCAGGAGAAGCUGAGACUACUGGUGUUCUAGUGCUGGAGGCUGCUCCAUCCUUCCACCCAGAUUACCCACUGAAAGAAACCUAUUAUGCCGGACUUGGAACAACUCUUCGCAUCCAUGCCGUUUAUAUUGGCCGUCCUCAGCCAAAGAUUAUGUGGCUGCUUGGGGCUAAAACGCUGGAAAACACAGAGGAUAUUAGCAUUGAGACCACUGAGCAUUACACACACCUGAUUGUAAAGAAUGUCCAGCGCAGAGUCCAUGGAGGCAAAUAUAGGAUUAGACUGCAUAACCACUUUGGCAGGGCUGACACGGCCUUCAAUGUUGAAAUUUAUGACAAACCUGAUAUACCUCAGGGACCCAUUGUCCUGGAGGCCCUCCUUAAGAAUUCUGUCAUCAUCAGCUGGAAACCUCCCAAAGAUGAUGGAGGCUGUAUGAUCACCAACUAUAUUGUGGAAAAGAGAGAAGACAAGGAGGGCACCGAGUGGGAACUGGUGUCUUCCUCCAUUAACAGCACAUCCUGUCGGGUGCCCAACCUGAUUGACAGUGCUGGAUACUUUUUCCGUGUUUAUGCUCAGAAUCGAUAUGGCAACAGUGAGCCACUAGAGCUCACCAACCCCAUCUUGAUUAAGAGCCAACUGGAGAAACCAUCACCACCACUGUCACCAGUCGUGUCUGGUAUCACUAAGGACUCAUGUGUGCUUUCUUGGAAACCUCCAGUAAGUGAUGGUGGAUCUAAGAUAAAAAGCUACCGUGUUGAAAAGAAACAUAAGAAGGAUAAAAAGGAAUGGACUGAUUGGACUCCAGUUACCACAGAUGAGAUCAAACAAACAGUGUUCUCUGUCAAGCGCCUGACAGAAGGCGUUGAAUAUGUCUUCCGUGUCAAGUGUGAAAACCUAGGUGGAGAAAGUGACUACAGCGAAGAGACGGCUCCCAUCAUCCCAGCAACUGCUGUAGAUGUACGCGCACCUGCCUUCAAGGAGGAGCUGAGGAACAUGAGUGUCAAGUACAAGAGCAAUGCUACCCUGGUCUGCAAGAUCACAGGACAACCUAAACCUGUAAUUAAAUGGUUCAGACGAGGAAAGGAGAUCCAUUCAGAUGGCAAGAAGAUCAAAAUCCAGGAAUUUAAGGGAGGAUAUCACCAGCUGGUUAUCACUGAGGCUGAUGAGGAAGACUCUACUGUUUAUCAGAUCAGAGCCACCAACCAAGGAGGCUCGAUAUGUGCCACAGUCUCUCUAGAUGUUGAAAUCCCUGCCAAGAUUCAUCUGCCAAAGAACCUAAAGGACAAGGAAGCAAUCCCAGCUCUGCGUGGGGAAGUGGUCAAUAUUAAGAUUCCUUUCAGUGGUAAACCAGAUCCUGUCAUCACUUGGCAAAAGGGACAAGAUCUUAUUGACAGCAAUGGCCAUUACCAGGUGAUUGUCACUAGAUCCUUCACCUCUUUGGUGUUCGCCAAUGGAGUAGAAAAGAAAGACGCUGGCUUUUACAUCGUCUGUGCCAAGAACAGAUUUGGCAUUGAUCAACAAACCGUGGAGUUGGAUGUUGCUGAUGUGCCCGAUCCACCUCGUGGUGUCAAAGCCAGUGAUGUGUCAAGAGAUUCUGUCACACUCAACUGGGUGGCUCCAGCCAAUGAUGGUGGCAGCAGGGUUAUAAGUUAUAUCAUUGAAAAAUGUCCAACUACUGCUGAGCGGUGGGAACGUGUUGCACAGUCCCGUGACACCCACUACACAGUGAUUAAUUUGUUUGGUGGUACAAGCUAUCAGUUCAGAGUUAUUGCAGAGAACAAGUUUGGACAGAGUGCCCCAUCUGAGAGCAGUGGACCCGUUAUGACCAAAGAAGACAAAUCCAGAGUUCUGCUUUAUGACAGGGAAGUUGAUGACACUGACCGAGUCCGCAAAGGCAAAGCCCCACACUCUGACACCAAGAAUCUGCACAACAAAUAUUCCAUUGCAGAGGAACUGGGCAGAGGCCAAUUUGGCAUUGUUCAUCGCUGCGUUGACAUCAGCUCUGAGAAGACAUACAUGGCCAAAUUUGUGAAAGUUAGAGGUGCUGAUCAAGCAAUAAUUAAAAAAGAAAUUGCAACAAUCAAUUUGGCCAAGCACUUUAACUUCCUCCUCCUUCAUGAGUCCUUUGAAAGCCCAGAAGAGCUGGUGCUGAUCUAUGACUUCAUCUCUGGCCAAGACAUCUUUGAGCACCUUAAUACAGCAGAGUUUGAGCUCAAUGAACGGGAGGUUGUUAACUAUAUUAGGCAGAUUUGUUCAGCUCUGGAAUACCUGCAUUCUGAGAGAUAUGGACACUUUGAUAUCAGACCUGAGAACAUUGUAUACACAACGAGAACCAGCUCAACUGUCAAGAUCAUUGAAUUGGGGCAGUCUAGACAUCUGACUCCAGGAGAACAAAUCAAAAUUCAAUACACUACUGCAGAGUACGCUGCCCCCGAGAUCCACCAGUGUGACAUGGUUAGCACAGUUACUGACAUGUGGUCAGUAGGUGUCCUUACAUAUGUGCUUCUAAGUGGACUUAAUCCAUUCACAGCUGAAACCAACCAACAAAUGAUUGAUAACAUUUCAAACGCAGCCUAUGGCUAUGAUGAUGAGUCCUUCAAGCAAGUCAGCGUAGAAGCCUUAGACUUCAUUGACCGUCUGAUGACAAAGGACCGUAAGCACCGUAUGACUGCAGCUGAGGCUCUGGUGCAUCCUUGGCUGACAAAACCUGCAGAAGAGAUCAGUGCCAGGGCACUUCCAACAGGCAGACACAAGAGAUACUACCAGGCAAUUGUCAAGAAGGAAUGGAGCACAGUAGUUUCUGCUGCCCGUGUUGCCAGCGGUGGCUCCAUCCGGCCCCAGCGUGGUGUUUUUGUGUCUAAAGUCAACAUUGCUCCAUUUGAACAUGGCCCCGUUGCGGGCCAGCUAAGCCAUGCCAUGGUCAGUGAAGGAGAUAGUGUGAAGUUCAUCUGCAACAUUGAGAAUUAUGACAGCACCACAGAAGUUACAUGGUAUUGUGGUGUGAGGCAACUUGAGACCGGAGAAAAGUAUGAAAUUGAGUAUGAGGACGGAGUUGCUGUAAUAACCAUUAACAAGAUCGUUAGAGCAGAUGACGGUACAUACAGAUGCAAGGUUGUGAAUGAGUAUGGUGAGGAUAGCGCUUAUGCAGAGCUAUUUGUCAGUGGGGUUCGAUCUUACCGUGACUUCUUCACUACUCGUGUGAUAAGAAGGACAAAGCGAAGAGUGGACACAGCCCGAAUGCUUCAGAAGCCACCAGAGUUUACUCUUCCCCUGGUCAACCGCACAGCCUAUCUUGGUGAAGAUAUACGCUUUGGCGUAACCAUCACCGUUCACCCUGAGCCUCGUGUCAUCUGGCACAAAUCCGGACAAAAACUUAUCCCUGGACAUGAUGAUAGAAAAUACACCUUCAUUAGUGAUAAAGGCUUGUAUCAGCUUAUAAUCCACAACUUAGAAAAAGAGGAUGAUGCUGAGUACAGUGUUGUGGCCCGCAACAGGUAUGGUGAUGACAGCUGCAAGGCCCGCCUCACUGUUGUUCCCCGCCCCAAACCAGCAGACCUCACCUUGAGACCCAUGUUUAAACGGUUGCUUGCAAACAUUGAGUGUAAAGAGGGUCAAAACAUCCGAUUUGAGAUCAGAGUUUCUGGCCACCCAGCACUGAAGUGGGAGAAAGAUGGCACACCCUUAGCCUUUGGACCAUCCAUCGAAGUUGUUCACGAGGGCUUGGAUUACUACAUCCUUCAUGUAAGAGACACACUCCCUGAGGACUCUGGAGUAUACAGAGUUACUGCAACGAACUCUGCUGGAUCUGCCAGCUGCCAGGCAACUCUUAAAGUGGAAAGAGUAACUCAUGUAAAGAAGGAGUAUGAGCCAAGCGAAAAGGAGAAGCAAAAGAUAGCUGGACAGGUGGAACUGGAUAAAAAGGUUAGGCUGUCUCAGAUAUUGACUGGCACUGUUGUCACACCUCUCCCACCUGCAGCAGUAGAAGCUGUCAGAGAGGCAGCUACUAUGUUCAAACCUGCUGUCAAAACCAAGACAGGAGAGAAGACUGAGGCUGAGAUAAAGAAAGAACAGGAGGAGAGGAAGAAGCGUGCUGAUGAGAAAAGGCUUCGCAUGCCUUAUGUCGUUCCUACACCUCGAGUCAUAAAUCCAGCUGUUCUAGAGGAGGAUGUAGAAAUAAAACACUUCCAGCCCCUCUCUGACAUGAAAUGGUACAAGAAGCUGCGGGAUCAAUAUGAGUUCCCUGAGCCAAUGGAUAAAAUCAAACAGAAGAGAAUGAAACGUAUCCGUCUGUCUCGGUGGGAGCAGUUCUAUGAGGUACCCAUCAGGAUCAAGGAAGAUUAUAAGCCAAAGUGGCGCAUCUCCUCUACGACGCAGGAUGACUUAGAGACAGUGAGGCCCGCAAGGCAUCGCACUCCCUCUCCGGAGACAGAGGUCUACCGCCGGCUCAGAAGGAGGUCUCUGGGAGAUCUCUCAGAUGAGGAGCUGCUACUACCUGCAGGCGAAUAUCUCUCAAUGAAAAGAACAGAGGAAGAGAGACUCCGUUUAGAGGAAGAGCUGGAACUUGGUUAUUCUGCUUCUCCACCUAGCCUGAGCCCAGUUCGAUUUGAGCUGUCUGCUUUGCGCCCAACAUCUCCCAGAAGAGUCUACAGUGAUGAGGAAGGAGGAGAAGAGGUGAAAAGAUAUGAUUGCUAUAGAAUUCCUUCUAAGUAUGAGGCCGGACCUACUUUUGUUGACCUUCGCCAGCGUCACGACAAAGCCACACACAGGCCUCCAAGACAGAAGCAACGAGUGUACGAAGAGAGGGAAGAUCUUGAACUGCUACGCCCACAUACAACCACGGAGAGACUUUCUUCUUACAAAAGUCAACUUAAACGCAUGGAAUUUGAGGAGAAGACACGGACCUCUAAGAAGGAAGCUGUUUCAGUUUCAACCUUCUCUGAGACCACUGAAUCUGAGCAUCUGACAACUUUUGCCACAGAAUAUAUUCCUAAACCCAUAAAAAAGGUUCCCUUGCCUGAACCAGAGGUGGCAAAAUCUUUUGCCUUAGAAAAAGCUUCAAAAACAGAUGCUACUUAUCCAAAAGUGGACUAUUUGUCUAGGUAUGAGGAGAGAAAACAGGCAAUUAGAUCUGAGAGAAGGUCUGUUGAGAGGACAGUUGAAGUUGUAACACAGGCUCCCUUCAGCCUUGAUCAUGCCCCACGUAUUACCAUCAGGAUGCGAUCUCAUCGUGUGCCAUACGGUUCAAACACAAAGUUUACUUUGAAUAUCCAAGCCAAACCUGAACCGGAGAUCAAAUGGUUCCACAAUGGAAAGGAGAUUCAUCAGAGCAGCAAAUACUUCAUGACCAACAUCAGUGGAGUUUUAACUCUCCAGAUAAACAACUGCGUGACCGAAGAUUCGGGGACAUACCGUGUAAUCUGCAAGAAUGCUAAAGGAGAAACCUCAGAUUAUGCUACAUUGGAUGUAGCAGGGGAAGAGUAUGCUGCUUUUUCAUCUUUCCGCAAAGAGGAGGAGCCACCAACAGCCCACCUGCCAGAGAUGACACGAACAGAGGUCUACCAUGUUUCUUCUUCCAAAACAACUGUUGAGGAAACUGUCACUGGAAUCGUAAAAGAGACCUCUGCUGUCAUUGAGGAGCCAAGGGAGAAGCCUGGAGUUCCUGCCACAAUCCUGACCAAACCAAAGUCCUUGACUGUGGAGGAAGGAGACAACGCCAGAUUUGAGUGUGAUGUGGAUGGUGAACCAUCACCUUCAAUCACCUGGCUUCAUGAAGGGAUAACUGUUGCUCCCAGCGCCCGGCAUCACAUUGUUUCCACUCAGUACAACUCAACCUUUGAAAUUUCUGCUGUCGAGAUGUCAGAUGAAGGCAGCUACACAUUGCUAGUAGAGAAUGCUGGUGGAAAACAGGAAGCCCAUUUCACUUUAAAGAUCAACAAGUCUGAGUCUAAGGAGAAAGUAGUCGCCUCUCCUAGAAUCACUUCUCCAGAGGCUAAAUCUCCAUUACCAAAGUCACCCGAGCCAGUCAAAUCACCCCAAAGAGUCAAAUCACCCGAGCCACUCAAAUCACCUCAAAGAGUAAAGUCUCCAGUUUCACCAAAGUCGCCAACUCCCAAGUCUCCUACUCCAAAGUCACCAACUCCCAAGUCUCCUACUCCAAAGUCCCCACCUCCUUCUGAAAGGGAGCAAGUAAUUCCUCCAGUCAAGUCACCUAAGAGAGUCUUGUCACCAGUUCUUGGAAAGAAGCCUGUCUUUUCAGCGGGGCUCAGUGACGUUACUGCAUCCUGUGACUCGAUUGUGAAGCUGUCUGUGAAGGUGAAAGGAGAGCCUAAACCUACGGUCUCUUGGUCAAAGGAUGGACAGACAAUAUCUAAAGGUGGAAAGUAUGAAUUAUUUGAGGACCAAUGUUCAGCGCAUCUAGAAAUCUGUAAGUCAGAGGUUUCUGACAGUGGGGUCUACAGGUGCACAGCCACCAACUCUUCUGGAGCAGUGUCAACAACCUGCACAGUUACAGUACAUGAUUUAAAGAGCUCUGAAACAAUAUCGGAGGAAGUCCUGAAAAAGGAAAGAAUCCAUGAGGUAACAUCGUCCUCUGUAACAGAGGUGAAGUCCUCAGAAAUCCAGAAAUCCGUCGAAGAAGCGCCCUACUUCCUGCUGCAACCCAGGUCCCAAAACGUGAAUGAGGGACAAACCGUUAUGUUUACCUGUGAAAUUUCAGGCCACCCUUCCCCUGAAGUGGAGUGGUUGAAAGACAACGCAUUGAUAUUCGUCUCUCCAAAUAUCAAACUAAGACGUUCUAAGAACGAGUUUACUCUGGAGAUUUCUGAGGCAACGGUUGCAGAUAGCGGGAAAUACACAAUAAAAGCCAGGAACCAGUUUGGGCAGUGCUCUGCGACAUCAUCGCUCAACGUCUUCUCUCUGGUUGAGGAACCAAUACAAAUGGCCGCUGUCGAGCAAAGAGCUUCUACUGAGGCCGCUAUGAGCAUGCAGAAAAGUUUCUUAGCCUCAUCGGUUUAUACGGAAGCUGCCUUGAUGCAGGCCAGCAGCUACAGCAGCAGUUCCCACUCUGCUGUCGAUCAGUUUUCCUUUGAGAGCAUGUCUGCAGCCAGCAUGUCUGCCAUGGCGACCGAGUCAGUGGUGUCCAUGAGCUCCAGCAGCCAAAGCGUAGGAAUGUCUGCCCGCUCGCAUGUAAAGGCGCUCACUGCUGGGCCUAAGACAGGCACUCCACCAAAGAUCGAAGCGCUUCCACAGGAUGUAAGCGCAGAGCCAGGGAAGUCUCUGACCGUGGCCGGCCUGUUCUCCGGGGAUCCUGCUCCCUCGGUCCAGUGGCUCCGCUCAGGUCGAACCCUCCCCAACGGAGACCAGCGGUUCCAUGUGGAUAAUGCGGCUGAUCUCUCCACCCUCAUGAUCUCUGCGGUGAAGGAGGCCGACGCCGGCGCAUACACGCUCCGACUCUCCAACGAGCUUGGCUCUGAUUCCGCAACUGUAAACGUUCACGUCCGGUCCAUGUAAAAAAGAGAAAAAAAUGAUUUCCCCUCUUCCCCUAGUCCUAAACUUUUUAUUUACAAUAAUCUUACUUGAUAAAGAUCUGGAAUAUUCUUGUAAAUAGGAACUAUUUUUGUACCAAACUUGACGUUAAUUUAUGCCAAACUAGACUAAAGUCUAAAGUUGUAAAAUGUGCCAUAUUGGAUAACUCUGACUUCAUUUUUCUGUGACAUGUACAUAAUGUAUAUAGCCGAGUUUACCGGUUAUGGGAAAUGUAUGCAUUGUUAUUUAUGACAAUAAUAUUAACUGAAACUCAAAGAAGCUAUAAUUGGUUAACAGGAGAAAGUCUCCGCUGGAACGAAUACCCUGUUAAACCUGGAAACUAAACUCUGUGCCUCAACGAUAAGUUGAAGUCUUAAGAUUGCCUCAACAGGUAGAGAGGCUCCCUGUUGAUGUUAAGAAGCAGAAACAAAAAGACAAACUUCUGGUUUGGACACGCAUCUGUGCGCGUGAUAUUACACUUCUAUGGGAGUUGUACCAUGAGCAUAAGACCCUGAGUGCUGUUUGCAUCACCCUCAUGUAAGCAGCAGGAACCGGCCUUGUGCUCAGACGGACGUGUCACACCACCACGACUUGAUGAGCGGCAGAGAGGGCGAGCGGCCUGCUCUCUCUGCAUUUAGAUUCAUUUUGUUCAUGAGCGCUGCUUCUGGCACAGGACGGCUGGUUUGGCUUCACUAAGCAACAUCUCCUGGCCUGAAGACGGGGAGUCAACAGCAGCCCUGCUGUGCAGGAGCAGCGCCACCUCUUGGAGGAUCAUAGCUGAUGUGUUGUUGUUUUGAGUGUGAGUGUCUGUAGUUUGUAGUCGUUUCGCCUUGUCAGUAGUCAGGGUUUUAAUUUUCCUUUAUCCGCAUCCCUGAGUUCAUCUGUGGUGAGGUUAUGGUUUUACCCUGGACGAUGACUUUAUUGAUCUGCUGAUGUAGAACCUAUAUAUCAUCCUCCUUGAGUUUUACUGAUUUAAUAAAGCAUGAUUUCAGCACUAUAAA